UCGGACAUCAGAUAUCGGACAUAGGACAUCGGACAUCGGACAUCGGACAUCAAACAUCGGAAAUCGGACAUUAGACAUCGGACAUUGGAUAUAGGACAUCGUAGUUCGGACAUAGAGCAUCGGACAUUAUACACUUAAUGUCAGAUCCCGAGGGAAACAGUUAGUUUUGUUUUCCCAAGAGUCCUGAUGUUUCCCGAGACGAAGUCGAGGGAAACAUCAGGACUCAAGGGAAAACAAAACUAACUGGUUUCCCGAGGGACCUGACGUUAAGUGUUUUGUUAUAUUUCUAGACUUUCACUUCAACAGCAACAAAAGAAUAACCGGAGCGAACCAAAACAGUCGACUCGGUACUUAUAACAACACAAAUUUUAAUUCUCAAAACCACUGAAUGAAUGAUUUACAAACAAAAGUACUUUCCUCAUAUUAUCUGCAUCUUUUUCCUCCACUAGCUGCUGUUUUUCUUCUAGGAACUUCUGGGAUGACUUUAAAAAUCGUUGCUUUUUAGCUUGAGGCUUCGUAUUUGUGUUGUUAUGUUCAUUCACGAAAAAGAAAACUGGCUGGACCUGGCGGUGUUUUUCCCGCCUUCUGUCACACCACUUUCCACCAUGCUUUGAUCACGUGCUGCAAUGUAUCCCGAGCGGGAUACAUUGUUUAAUGUAUCACGAUCGGGAUACAUUUGAUUUUAGUCAAGGCCACGUGACCAAGAAUCAACCAAUGGCAGUCCCUGUUUAGUUGAGUGAAAGUCUAGGAAUAUAACAAUGGACAUUAAACAUCAGACUUCGGAGAUCGGAUACCGGACAUCAAACAUUAGAUAUCAGACAUCAUAUAUCGGACAUCGGACAUUAGACAUCGGACAUUGGACAUUAAACAUCAGACUUCGGACAUCGGACUUUGGACAUCAGUCUUCUGACAUCGGACAUCAAAAGUCGGACAUCGGACAUCAAACAUUAGAGAUCAGACAUCAUACAUCGGACAUAGGACAACAGACAUGGGACAUCGGUUGUGGGACAUCGGAAUUCGGACAUAGAGCAUCGGACAUCGGACAUCAAACAUCAGAAUUCAGACAUCGGACAUCGGACAUCAGACAUCGAACAUCGGAUAUCGGAUAUCAGAUAUCAGACUUCGGACAUUGGACAUCUGACAUCAGACAUUGGACAUUAAACCUCGGACAUCAGAUAAUCAAAUCAAGUCUUUUUCUGCUAAUUGUUCGUGCUAAAGCUUCUUGCGUGUUGAGUUGAGGCUGCGUUCUCCUAACACUUUUAAUUUACUAACCUGUUUGGAACAUCACUAAGAAGGUUUUAGUGUUAAAAGAUUGAAACUGGUGUUAUUUUUGGAUGAUACAUAAUUUACUGGUGCUCGAAAAGAAGCUUGAUAGUUAUAAAAAAACAGUUACUGGGUUACAUGUACAUGUUCUCAGGCUCAGAACACAGUACUGAUCUCAUAGGAAAAGGCUUCCGUCGUAACUUUAAGCCAGUUCUUUCUUACGAGUAGGUUUUCCAGAUGCGGGGCAUUGGGUGAGGGUGGAAGUCUUGAUUUUGGCCUUACUGUACUCUUUAUUUUGCCAGCUCAUUUGGAAGAACACUACACAGAUUGGAGCUGCUUGGAUCCUACUUCAAGACAAGAGACUUGCCAUUUUUAUCAAAUACUACCCUGAAGGCAACAUUGCGGGCUACUUUGGUAGGAACGUUUUUCGACCUACCGCAAGAAAACUGGGUUCAGAAUUCGGGCGUGUUCCGCCCGAGUUUACAUGGUGUCCAGCGGAUGCCGUUCAGCGGAAGCCUCCAGUGAAAGCAGCCGUGACAAAGUUACUGUCCAAUGUUCAGCUAUUUAUUUGGGCUUUGCCCUUGGCAUGGUUAACAGUUGUAAUAUUUCUGUAAAACAACAACAAAUCCGUUGAUUUGACGCAGAAAUCAGUAACGGAGAAGCUCAGUCGAGGUACUUACGGUAGCUGUCUUGUAGAUCCUUGUAGAUCCGAAUUAAAACCCAAGACCGUUGGCUAGUUUUGAAAAAAAAUUAGCCCUGAAUUCUCAGUGAAUAGUUAACAGCUAGUUCUAGCAAAUAUUUAAAGGUAUUUUAACCUACUACGGAGGGGUUUAAAGCAAUAUAUCAAACAUGAGACGCCGUGUUUCAUCACCAGAUGAAAUCUAGAUUAUUGAGAUUCAAGGAGAAUAAUGUUUGAGUAUAGCUUGGCUAGUUAGAAGCGGGUGCUUAAACUGAGAUAAGAAAAAAAAAUUAAAUAAGGAUCUUUUUUAAACAGAACUUUGCUAUUUAAAAAUUGUUGUUGAUUUUCAGUGUAAAUAAUGGUGAACAAAUCUUUGUCACCUGUUUUCAUUUAGCACCCGUGUUAAUUACCCUUACCAAAACUGAAGAAUUUUUCACAAAAAGCAAUUAUAUAGUGCCUGUUUAACACAGGCUCUCCAAAAAAGCCCAUGUUAUAAGUGCAUGCAUACAACUUAAAUAUAUGAAAAUUAAAUUCGUUUGAAAAAUUAAAAUCGAAAAUUAUUUGAAUCUACAAUGUGAUUAAAAAAUUCAAAAGCGAAUGUCUGUGCCGAACUUGUGAAGGUCACGUGAUUUUCAACUGGAGGUUCCAUGGAGAUGAACCGUGCUGAAACCGAGGCUUUGUGACAAUAUUGGUGUGGUACAAAAUACUUCUGUAUCAUCUCCAGUAAGUAUUUUCUAAAUGUGUGUAUUUUAUAGGUACUUCUUGGGGUUGCGGAGUGUAUUGUAUUGAAUUUUAACACAAUUUUUAGUUUUACCAGAUUUCAGAAACACGUGUAAAAAUGCUAAAAUCGUCGUUAUUGCUGUAAAACUGAAUUCUUUGCCGAAAAGUGUCUAUUGGUCAUUAUCCAGUGUUAUUUCAGACCGAUUAUAAUCUGACGUCCCGUCCUCAUGAAUUCGGAUAUUUUUGAAACCUUCUUUUUUACAGUCGUGAGUCCGCCUUCCGUACACAUGAAACCAGUGAAUUUGCUCAUUCAUCCCUCGGGCUAUUUGUGUAAAAAACACACGCGGUUUCAGAAAUGUUCUGAUACGUGUGGCCUGGGCCUGAAGACUUCAGUCAGGCAGAUAAAAGAUAACUUAAAUAAUUAAAUAUAUCGUUAUUUAUGGUUGUGAAAAAUGUUGAUACUUCAACUGUGAGUGAUUGUCGAUUAUCAGUUAACAUAAACAAUAUCAAAAGUGGAUAAAAAGACUAUUUUUAGUUAAUCGUCUGCUGGUUACGUUUAACGAGGGGCAUUAGCAUUCGCCUAUAUUUAAAGAGGGCCUAAAGACUGAUGCUAUAUAUAUCCUAUAGACCUAUCUCGGUUCUGCCUGUAGUAAGUAAAUUAAUUGAGAGAGUUGUUCUAUAACCAACUAUAUGAAUAUCUAAAUAAUAACAACUUGUUUACUGAAUCACAAUCUGGCUUAAGACCUCUGUUUUCUACUUGAAGCAAAAAAUGAAUGGCUAUGAAAUAUUGUUAACAAUCUCCUAAAUUUUAAAGCACUUCAAGCUAAGGAUUGGGGGUGGCCUUCAUAUUUAAACUACAGAGAGUCUCCAGUAUAUGUAGAAGUUUACGUUCUUCGCGGUCUAAGAUUACAAGUUCUUCUGGAAAAAGGAACCUUCCAGGAGACUGCUACUGCCCUUUUUAAUAACCUUCCUGAUAGUCUUAAGAAGUGUGACUAUUUUAACCUAUUUAGUUCGCGCAUUUUUAAAUUCUUAACGAACCGGGCACAGGCCAGCUUAUCUUGAUUGUACUUUAAGUUUUAUUCAUAUGAUCAUUGUAAAUACUUUCUCUUUUAAUCGUUAUUCAUUCUAUUAUUGUUUUAGUAUAUUUUUAUUGUAAAUAUUUGAUACACAUUUUUUAUUUUUAGUUUUAAGUAACAGAUGAAAAGCCACAAUGUGGAAACCCUGCUAUUAAAACGAUUACUUACUCACUUACAAAAUGGUGUGAUAUACCUGGACUUGAAAUUAAAAGCCUGUGACACCAUGGAUCAUGCUAUCCAACUUGGAAAGCUUAAACUCUAUGGGGUCAGUUCUUAAUUUCUUAACUGGUUCCGGCCUUAGCUAUCUGACCAAAAACAACAAACUUAUAUCGAUGAGGCUCAAUCUGAUUUCUGUAAUUUAACAUGCUGUAUUCCACAGGGCUCUAUUUAAGGCUUUUUAUAAUUUUCUAUUUAUAUUAAUGAUCUCCCUUAAAAUAAUUUGGUUUCAAAGCCAAAGAUGUAUCCAAAUGUUACUACCCUUACCUCACUGAAGUAAACCCAUUUGUCCUUGAUCAUAAAAUGAAUAAUGAUAUGAAUUUAAUUCAGUCAUGGCAGUGAGAAAAUAAUUAACUUUGAAAGUUAACUUUGAAUGUUUUAGCUCCAGUGUUUUGUUGGAUGAGCUUGACUGGGAAAGACUAUAAAAUGUAAGACUUAAACUGUUGGCUGUGAUAAUGUAUAAAAACCGUAGUGAUCUUUCCCCAUCCGAUCUGAGGCGGAUCUUAACUAACACCUCAAAUGUACACACACAAAGGGUUACAGGGGGUUACACGGGGUUAAAAAGGGUUGCAGGGGAUCACAAGGAGUUGCAGAAAGUUACAGGAGGUUACAGGGGGUUAGAAAGGGUUACAAGGGGUUACAGGGGAUUACAAGGGGUUGCAAAACUUACACGGCGUCAUAAGGGAUGACAGGAGGUUACAGGGGAUUACAAGGGGUUACAAAUGGUUACAGGGGGUUACAAGGGGUUACAGGUGGUUACAAAGGGUUACAGGGGAUUACAGAAAGUUACAGGAGAUCACAAGGUGGUUACGAAGGGCUACAAGGGAUUACAAAAAGUUACAGGAGUUUACAAGGGGUUACAAAGGGUUACAGUAGAUUACAGGGGGUUACAAACGGUUGCAAGGGGUUACAGGGGGUUCCAAGGGGUUACAGAGGGUUACAAAAGGUUAAAAAAGGUUACAGGGUUACAGGGGGUUACAAAGGGUUUCAAGGGGUUACAGGGGAUUACAAAAAGUUGCAAAAGUUACACGAGGCUACAAGGGAGUACAAAGGGUUACAGGGGAUCACGAGGGGUUAAAAAGGGUUACAGGGCAUUACAGGGGUUACAAAGGGUUACAAAAGGUUACAGGGGUUGCCGACAAUUAUUCCUCGAGCCCGAAUGGGCUCUGAGUCAAUAACUAUUGACUCAGAGGCCAUUAUGGUGAGAGGAAUAAUUGUUUUAGUAAAAUCCAACUAGUUGGUUAAAAAUAUCGAGACAAAACAACUCUUCUGGAAAGUUGACCUUGACCGCAGCGCAAUCUGAUAAUUACUCGAUCUGCACGAAACACUGGGAAAGCUUUCUGACCUCUAAUAAAUGUUAGAUUCAGAGCUACGAAAGUAAGAUUUUGUCAAAUUUUAGAAUACUUCAUGCACUGCAUAACCUUAGCGAAGGAAAGAAAAGAUGGAAAACGGUAACUGUAGGGUCACGUUUUAGUGCUGUAAAGCUUGUCAACACUUUAUUCCGCAACUGUUCAUGGGUUACUUACUACGCAAAUAAAACAAUGGGAAAGGAAUGUUGUUUUCGGUCGACCAGGCGUUUGUGGGGAGGGAUGAAAAACGAGCCCCCCUAAAAACGCCUGCGUGGGAGGCAAAGUACUAGCUAAACCAACCAAACCGCAGUAUUGAUAAUAGACCACUAGUUGGAUUUUAAUAAAAGGGCUUACAAGAGGUUACAAAAGGUUACAGGGGAUUACGAAAGCUUACAGGGCAUUACAGGGGUUACAGAGGGUUAAAAGGUUACAGGGGGUUACAAGGGGUUAAAAGGGGUUACAGGGGGUCACAAGGGGUUACGAGGGCUACAGUGGUUUACAAGGGGAUAAAGGGGGUUACAAAGGGUUACCAAAGGUUACAGGGGGUUACAAGGGGUAAGAGGAGGUUACAAGGGGUAACAGUGGGUUACAGGGGGUCCAAAGAGUUACAGAGGAUUAUAGGGGUUAGAGCGGAUUACAAGGGGUUACAAAGGGUUACCAAAGUUUACAGGGGGUACAAAGGGGUUAAAGGGGUUACAAGGAAUUAGAAAAGGUUACAAGGGGUUACAGGGGGUUACAAGGGGUUACAAAAGGUUACAGGGGUUACAGAGGAUUACGAGGGGUUCUGAAGGGUUACAGGGGAUUACAGGGGCUACAAAGGGUUACAAAAGGUUACAGGGGGUUACAAGGAGUUUUGAAGGGUUAUAAAGAAUUACAGGGGUUACAAAGGUUUACAAAAGGUCACAGGGGGUUACAAAGGGUUACAGGGGAUUACAAGGGGUUACAAAAGGUUACGGGGGUUAUAAAGGGUUUCAGGGGUUACAAGGAGUACAGUGGGUUACAAAAGGUUGAAGGGGGUUACAAGGGAUUACGAAGGGUUACAGGGCAUUACAGGGGUUACAAAGGGUUACAGAGGGUUUUAAGGGGUUACAAGGGCUUAAAGGGAAUAAGUUAUCUCUAAAUGUGACUAAAAAAAUUUUUAUGAUUUUUCAUCCAAGGCAAAAACAAAGUCAAUUUUAAUGUCCCUCUUACUCUGGAAAAUACUCUGAUCAAGCAAGUCACGGAGACAAAAUUUUUAGGUGUUGUCAUUGAUCAGCAUCUCUCUUGGAAACCACAUAUUGAUUUCGUCUCAAAAAAAUCUCGAAAAGUGUGGGAAUUAUUGCGAAAGCCCGCUUUUACCUGUCAUCCCAAACCUUGAUCGCCUUAUAUUACUCCCUUGUAUAUGCUUUCUUAACAUACUGUAAUGUCGCCUGGUCCUCCACACCGUAAUUUUUAGGGAGUUAUUAUAACUCCAAAAAUGGAGUAAAAAUUUUAGGUACAGGAUAACCCCUUUUUUAGGGUUAUUUUAACUCCUAAUUUAACUCCGAAUUUGGGGUCAUUUUUACUCCUGAAAAAGAGUUCUUUUUACUCCCAGUCUUGGAGUUAAAAUUACUCCGAAAUGGGGUUACUUGUACUCCUUACAGGGGUUGUUUUCACUCUUUUUGGAGUUAAUUUAACUCUGAAAGUGGAGUAAAAAUUUUAGGUACAGGAUAACUCCUUUUUUGGGGUUAUUUUAACUCCUCAAAAUCUGUGGUCACUUUUACUCGUGAAAAAGAGUUCUUUAAACUCCUUUUUGGAGUUAAAAUAACUCCACGAAAAAUAACUCCACUGUAAGGAGUUAAAAUAGCCCCACUAGAGGAGUUAUUAUAACUCCCUGAAAAUUACAGUGUAUAGUUUUCACUAAGUCUCUAAUUGCCCCCAAUACAACAAAAACAAUCCAAAUCAGUAUUUUAUUUCAUCUGAAAAAUACUGUACAGUGAAACAUGCACGUGUCACUCAUUAUUAUGUCAGGUUAGUGACACAGAGGAGAGGCACAGAUAAGAACCAGAAUUCUUCAGGCUAAGAUUUUGUUUGAAAGAACCAGAUGAAGUAGAAAUGUUAAAACAGAUCGCUAUGGAGUUCUUAAAGUCCACUAAUCAUUCUAAUGGCAAAAAAAGUUUCUAUUGGCUUAAAUUGCAGUCAUUUAGACAUAACAACAUGCAUAUUUUGUACAAACAUUUAAAACCACCAACAUUCUUACAAAAAGUCUUUUUUCCUUAAGAAAAUAAGAACCUCGAAUGUUUGAGAACCUAAACAGCUUAAUUUCCAAGAAACAGAAAAUUUAUAAGAGCCUUUUGAGGCUAACUUCGAAAAGCACCUAUUACUUAGUCCUUACUGUAUACUACUAAAUGUAAGAGCAGGGGGGAGGGAAGGAAGAGCUAGGGUUAGGGUUUUAGGGUUAAGGUUAAGGUUGGGGUUAGGGUUAGGUUAGGGUAAGGACUAGGGAUAGGUUAGGGUUAGAAAUCAGAUUAGGUCGAGGUUGGGGGUUAGGGUUAGGAAUAGGUUAGGGUUAGGUUGGAGGGUUAGGGUUAGACGAGCAGUCUCAACUGAUUUCAAUGGUCAUAACACAUGAGUUGAUCCACUGAGUUAAACGUUCGCCUUGUCAGGAAAAGGGUGUUACAUUAAGCUGGUUAGGGUGGAUAGCUAAAGUUGAGCCAAGGCUUAGGGUUAAAUAAGGAUAAAGGUUACAAACAAGAAGUACGGUUUGUUGAGGGUUAACGUUUGAGGGACUUCUGGGCAGGAUACCAAAUAACGUUGCGUUACAUAUCAAUUACGUCGCCGUACUGAGCGUAGGAUUGAAUUUCAAAAGACGGGUCAGGAGGUGAGAAAUACAGAGAUGUAGUUUCAAUACAGGCGAUUUUCGAAGACUAAACACUGGUCAAGCAAAUAGUUUUAAAUUAACGUUAUCUUACAAGACGUUUCGCUUCGCUUUCUUCGUGUUUGACCACAGCAGAGCACAGAUAAUAUAAACAUUUCAGAGAGUAAAUAUUCCAGCUCCGAGGGGGUGAGUAAAACCAACGGCCACAUCUGAAAGAAAAGGACAAAAGGAAAACCUUGUUUAAAGAAAAUUCCUCAACACAUGUUUAAAAAGUAAUAUAUCUCUUCUACAUCAUUUUCCCUAGAUCAGUUUCAUCCCGCAAUGGUUUUAUAAUCGCCCGUACCGGUGCAUAAAGCAGAUUAAAAACAUUGUACCGAACAUUCCAGACAAUCAAGCAUAAACGGCGCUCGUCGUCGCGACGGUGCUAUAGCGCGGGAACUUUAACAUGCUUUGAGGAAAAAUAGUUACUCUUCCGCGAUCCGAUCAGCAUUUAGCUUGCAAUGCCAACAAUAAAUUGAAAAUGAACGACAAUUCAGCCUGUGCAGUAGGACGGCGGCUCUUUUUGGACACAGUAAAUUUCCAGAGUCGCUCGACACAUGACCAAAAAUAAACCUUCGCUAUACGAAACCACAGACUUUGACUUCAACUACACUUUCACGACUUUGUAACAUAACCUUUCCUAGCAAAAAGCCUGCUACUCACCGUUGUUGCUCGCUUAUUCAAAGAUCAGCACCUCCGUCGUAGAAACUGAAACACAACAACAGAACAGUCUCACUGUAAUGGUCAAAUAUUAAACAUGUUUUUAACCUUUCUCGCAGUGCAUUCUGGGAAAUCCGUGUUCAACUCGUGCGGGACACAUUACAUCCUAGCAAUAACAACACAAUUUAUAAGUCUCCAGCAAGGCAAAAAUCACAGCCAAAAACUUCGUUGGCCCUCUUUUCUUAUGUCCAAACUAACCAAUUUGCCCCUUAUUGCCUGCUGGAGACUUCUUCACGGUGUGCAGUGCAGAACUGGGCAGAGACGUUAUACACCAUCCACCGGAUGGUCUCUCGGAUUGUGCCCGAAGCUCGGUUCUUUGAGCAACGAGCGCCCAUUUAAGCCUUCCCGGACUUAAUGAUGUCCCAGGCACUUUGCAAACCGUGGAAAUAGAAUUUCUUGCCAAACUCGGCUCAUAUUAGUCCCCGUUUCGCACACGCUCCGAUCAAAACCUCUCCACUCACCAAGAGAGCCGUUGAAAGGAGAAAGAUACCGCGCAAACUCGAACCUUUCAAAACUAGAACCGGUUCCCCUCGGACAAAAAAAAAGAAAACCGGAAGUCCUUUCUAAAGCCAGUGAAAAGAAAACAAGAAAUAAAAUAAAUAAUAAACUUACCUCUGUUGACUUCCACGCUGCUCCUCCCUGGUUUUCUUUAAUGAAAAAUAUCUAUGAUAAAAAAUGACAUUUCAUAAAAAUAAUUUACAUAUAUAAUAUACACCGUAAUUUUUAGGGAGUUAUUAUAACUCCAAAAAUGGAGUAAAAAUUUUAGGUACAGGAUAACCCCUUUUUUAGGGUUAUUUUAACUCCUAAUUUAACUCCGAAUUUGGGGUCAUUUUUACUCCUGAAAAAGAGUUCUUUUUACUCCCAGUCUUGGAGUUAAAAUUACUCCGAAAUGGGGUUACUUGUACUCCUUACAGGGGUUGUUUUCACUCUUUUUGGAGUUAAUUUAACUCUGAAAGUGGAGUAAAAAUUUUAGGUACAGGAUAACUCCUUUUUUGGGGUUAUUUUAACUCCUCAAAAUCUGUGGUCACUUUUACUCGUGAAAAAGAGUUCUUUAAACUCCUUUUUGGAGUUAAAAUAACUCCACGAAAAAUAACUGCACUGUAAGGAGUUAAAUUAGCCCCACUAGAGGAGUUAUUAUAACUCCCUGAAAAUUACAGUGCACCUGCUGUUCCAACCUAAAUUGUAUGUACCUUUUGCAAAAGCGUCUAGUGCGGCUAAUAAUAAAAGCUGACUAUCUAGCAAAUACCGCCCCUUUAUUUAACCAGCUUAAAGUCCUUGACAUAUUAGUAUUAAUUCAUUUUCUGUCGCUACUUUUAUGUAUUCUUAUCACUAUAAUCUUUUGCCUAGUAGCUUUCGUGACUUGUUCUUAAGUAGUAAUCAAGUGCAUCAAUACGAAACUCGACUAGCCUCUCAGUAUAGACUUAAUUUUUGUAGAACAAAUAUAAAGCAAUUCAGUAUCCUUUAUCGAGGACCUAAAAUCUGGAAUUCAUUUCCUAUUUCACUAAUUGGCUCUCCUUCUAUAUUUGUUUUUUUUAAAAAAUUAAAGAAUUAUCUCACUGAUAGCCGAUCUGUCGUUUAAUUUUCUGAUCUUGCUCACUCUGCACUGAGCCAUGAAUUUAGUUUAUUAGGUAGUUGAAGGAAACCUAUUAAUAUAAGCUUCAAGCUUCGUUAGGCUUCCUUGUCACAUUAUUUUUAUAAUUUAAUUAACAACUUUUGUUCAUGUUGUAUUAGGUUUUGUGAGUGACUAAAUAAAUAAAUAAAUAAAUAAAUAAAUAAACAAGGGGUUACAGGGGAUUACAAGAUGUUACAAUAGGUUACAGGGGGCACAAAGGGUUACGAAGGGUUACAGGGGAAUACAGGGGUUACAAAGGGUUACAAAAGGUUACAGUGGGUAACAAAGGGUUACAGGGGGUUACGAAGGGUUACAGGGAGUUACAAGGGGUUACAUUAGACGGGUUAAAACGGUUACAGAAGGUUACAAGGGGUUACAAGGGGUUACAAAGGGUUACAGGGGAUUACAGGGGUUACAAAGGGUUACAAAAGGUUAGAGUGGGUAACAAAGGGUUACAGGGAGUUACGAAGGGUUACAGGGAGUUACAAGGGGUUACGAAAGGCUACAUAGGGUUUGAAAGGGUUACCGGGGGUUACAAGAAGUUACAAAGGGUUACAAAAGGUUUCAGAGGGUUAUAAGGGGUUACAAAGGGUUACAGAACGUUACAAGGGGUUACAAGGAGUAACUUGAAUAUUUACUAAUAUCUAAAUAGGAGGCUUGCCACGACAAAACGGAAUUAUUAUGGGAAAUAUUUGUAGACAAUUUGCCCUACACGGUCAAACCCGUCUGUAGUGUGGCGUUAAUUAUUCGUAGGAAAAGUAGGAAUAGCAAGUUUCUUUUGGCGCUGCGGUGAAGUAUCAAACUUUGUUGAAAAGAUGCCAAUAAGCCUGAAGGCUUGUCGGGACCAAUAAAACCUGCAUGUUCCGAUGUGUCUGCUCACGGGAAAAAAAGACUUGACAAGCUGUUCCGACUGUCUGAAGAACUGCUCCUUUUUUAUUUCAUUUACAGUGAAUAGUGAAUUCAAAACAAUCUACAAUGAAUAAAAGACUCAAAAAGCACCAACAAGAGAGGCUUGUAAAUAGUUAAUAGUUGUUUUUACUUUUUUUACAGUUAAAAUUAAUAGCAAAUUCUUUUUGCUGAAAAUCGUUUUAUUUCUUCGACUCUCCGCCGUUCAGUAGAUCCGCAACACUGAGGAUAUUGGUGAUCUUUGGCUUCAAAAUGUUUACAAAUUUGCAAUUUCUGUCCUGGAGACGUGUCAUAGAAAUAGCCGGAGGGCGCAAACUUUAUAACCUACAAUAGGCGACAAUAUAAGUGGAGACACUUCACCCUAAAUUGGGCUUUUUUACGUUUCACUGACUUUAAAAGGAGCAAAUAUAGCUUUUCCUGCGCCAUCCCCUCUAUGCAAUUUUGUGCCGAUGUUCGAGCUAUCUAUAGAAAACAACAAACAUCCAACUUUGAACGGAGGGGACAGGGGAGGGGUGCGGAUUCUUUUGUUCUCUGAAGUUACCCUAUUUGAGUACAAUCUCAACUAAAAAUUUUGUUUCACCGAUUGAAGCCUUUGUUCAGUCGCCCCCUCCCCUCAGGAGGGGGACGUCUGUACACAGGCCAAACUUAACUGCAAAUGGCUACUUCGUGCAAACCUCAUCCCUCGCAAAUGCUGAGGUGAAACGAAUUUUACCAUCAUUUACCAUCAAGCCUCGUAUACGAGUGGUGAAAAGAAAUUUUUCCCUAUGGAACAUUAUUUUAACAUUGCUUAAUUCAACCAUUAAAGGUGAAUGUUGCUGGGUAACGUAAAUGAUGCAUAUGAUAUACUGUUUAAACGAACCCACGUGAUAUGGAAUAUAAACUGGAGAUGUUUAAGGGCUAUUUCAAGCUAUUUUUUUUAACAAAAAAAGCUAAAACGUGACUUGGUAUAAGCUUAAUCCCAAAAAUAAUGGUAAAGUUUUUAUUUUAGAUCAUAUUUAGGCAUCUUAACCGUUUCCUGUCGUCUCUUGCCACGGAUGGCAAGGAUGGACAUGGAUAUUGAAACUCGAAAAAUAGGGCCAAAUUUUUCAAGACACCAAAAAAAAAAAAAAAAACAAUCAUCAUGGUUAUUUUCAACUGAUAAAUUUGACAGGAGCAUUUUAUGUUUGGUUAAAGUACUAAGUAACAACUUUGGCACAGAAUUGACCUACAAGGAGCAAUUUCCUCAGGGGCACCCGACGAGAAUAUAGUUCAAAACCACUUAAACGUAUAAACAUAUCAUUGUUGAAUGUAUUUUAGUAUUCAAACGGUAGAUAUAGGAAUAUUUUUUUCUCCUAAAAAUUUUUCAUCUGUUCGGAUUUCUUAGCUGAAAGUCUAGUGAUGCGAAAAUUAUAGGGAUCAAAACUUACCUUUUCAAAAUUUCAGCCAGAAAAAAGGCUUCCGAAAACUCUAGGUGACCUUUUUAUUAAGGUAAAAAUCCGUUAAGAAUGGGCAAUUAUAUCAUUUUUUAGAUGUUCGAAAAUCCUAGGAGAGGCAGGCAAGAAAUUGUACAUCAAAUGUUCCGAAAAUUCUAGAUCUCAAAUCGUCUUCCGAACAGAUAUUUUCAAAAAAUUAUCGUUGGGUGCCCUUGUUUCCUCGUGACUGUAACUACCGUAAUUGUGUUAAGGGCAGACAGGUAAAAGUCUCUCGCUGCAUCCUUUAUGGCGCUUUCAUUAAGGCCAACGAGCGUGAAUGAUGGUUCAGCCGUGAACAGAGAUAAGUGUGAUCAUAUUGUUGAGAAUUUUCGUGGCUUCAUACCAAGAAGAAGAGAGCGUUAUUUUGGUUUAAUUUGUUGGGAUCCUUCAUUUUCUUUUUUAGGUCCAGCAUUUUUGGUUAAAGAAAAAAGCGCUUAUUGACUCGUAUAAUUCAAAGAUCAGUCUCUGGAUUUGGGAGAUGAGAUAACCGAGCUCCUUCAAUAAUUAUUCUGGCGACAAUUGUAAUAUUUUAAAACUGUCUGCGGUGGAUUGGAAUCCGGAAGUGAAGCAUUGCCUCUUGACGUCGUCAAAAGGUCGUUGGCCCAGGAAACAUUAAACACAUUUAUUCCAGCAAACAUUGUAUGGUUGGGACGUAUAGGAAACCAGUGACGACAACUCGGCCUUUUUUCCUUUCACUAGAUUACCGGCUAUAUCUUCUAUUUUGAUAUGGCAUUUCUCACGCCAGAUAAAAAACAGGCAAAUCUUAAGGUAAAGUUUCAGCUGGUUUGUUGUGCGAGACAAGUAAUGCUGUGUUUACACUCAAGCGUUUACCAAGGUAAACAUUAACUGACUUAACCCUGGUACAUUUGUACAGUGUUUAUACAGGCUCAAAUAACUAAAGUAAAUCUGUCAUCAAUCACAAUCUAAUCGAAUUGGCGACAAAUUCUAAAUCCACGCAUAAAUAGCCUCCCACGCAGGCGUUUUUAGGGGAGGGAAGAUAUACGAGCCCCCUAAAAACGCCUGCGUGGGAGGCUACGCAUAAAAUGCUCGCGUUUAAAAGAGAACCUGUGGUUCUUGUAGUCCUCGCGUUUUAUGUUCUUGUUCUUGAUCAGCAAACCCAGGAAUCGAGAUUGCAGCAGCUCUUACUUUUGCAGCACCUAAAGAGGUCGAGGCGAAAGCGAUUAAUUCUGCUACAAAUUGCCCUUCGCAAGACAAGGCGCGUUAAACGUGCGUGGUCGUGGCUGAGAAACUAAUUCUGGUUCGCAACUCUAUUAAACGGAAAUUUUGUUGAAGAAUGGUGGAAGGAGAACUUAAGAAUAUCAAGACGUACGUUCGCAAACGUGAUCGAAUGAGACUGACGCAAUCCCGACACCACAGGAUGUGAAAAUCUAUGCGACCGCAAGCGGAUGUAUCUGUCAUCCAAACCUUGGUUACCGACCUUAACCAUGCCUGCUCGCAGGGUAAACCGAACUUUUACCUUAGUUGACUUUCUAUUGUCUUGAGCGAUGUUUACCAGGGUAUCAGUUGGCGUUUACACACGCAAAAUAUUUACCUAGGUAAGUUAACUCCAAUACCUCGGUAGCACGCUCAAGUCUAAACACGGCAUAAGUUUGAACUGGGAUUCAACUGAACAGUACAACAGAUCAGUGGCGGUGGCGGAUCUAGGGGAGGGGCCCGGGGGGGGGGGCCUCCCCCUUGUUUUUAGAGCAAACGGAAGCCCGAAGGACCGAAAAAAUGUUUUUUUGAGACCGGGUAUCCCCCUCAUAUCAGGGUCUGGAUGACUGCCCCCCCAUCUGAAUGUCUGCAUCCGCCACUGUAGAUUCUAAGGUCAAGAUAUUUUUAGUAGAUACCUUUGAUGUCUUUGAUAAAUUAUUGCAUUUUAUGGACUAACAAGCGAGUAGAAAUUCUUCUUUGCAUUAUACUUCUAUUUUCAACCAGUAUGAAGUGCUACCUUUUCAACAGUGAUUAAUCUCGUAAGAAGCCGAAUGAAGUCCCAACACUCAGUUGAAUACCCUGGUAAUUAUAUUUGCCCCGACCUUAUUUACGAUGGAAAAUGGCUUUUACCAUGGUGGUUGUAACCGUAACUACCACGUCCAACGGAAAUGUGUUGGUUGAAUUCAACGCGUUUCAACAUUGUACCCGUUAUGUGAUAUCAAAAGUAAAGGUCGGACCAAAAUUCAUAAUCUUCCGGAAAUUUUGUCGUUUUCUCUCGAAAAGUCCGAAGAUUUUCGUUAAAGCGCACAUUUGUUGGUGGUUUCAUGGUUCAGUCCCAUAAAAAAAGUUUGCUAACUACUAAAGAGUUCUCUCAGAGAGCCACUUUAUACCUUGACUUCAAUUCCAUAGAAGCCGUCAAUACUUGGCGUAAUAGCAUGUUCGAGUGAGUAGACACACUCUUCUUUUUUAUAAGAAUAUUGUUUUUCCGGCCCAGGCUGAAUAUUCUUAUUUUUCUGCCGAUUUUAGGCUGAAAAUAUUCUUGUAUUAUUCUUAAAUUAAAGCUUAUGACAUUUCCGUUUUAGAAUUUAUUGGGGUAUAUGUAUAUAUAUUACAUGUACCGUUCAUCGACCUGACAUUAGCGUUGAACAUUUUGCUAUAGCUAGUGCAGGUUUUUUCGUUUUGUUGGCUAGUUUCGCCGUUCAGAGAAAGGAAUAAUUUUAUACGGUUAAGUUAAAAACAUAAAAUUGUAUUGUAUUUACAGAUGUUUCAACACACAAAAUUAUAUCUAUCCUUUUCAAAAUCUCAGCCUUGGCUUUAUUCUUAAAAUAUUCUUAAUAUUUCGCAAAUUUCAGCCUCGAUAUUCUUAUAAAAUAUAUUCUUAUAAAAAAAAAAGAGUGUAUAGACUGUUCCUGUGUUGUACAUUCUUCAUACAAGUUUCAUAAAGAAUGCAGCCAAUGGAAGUGUCAACAUAAUAAAUGUUAUCUGGCCUCAGUACUAAUGGCCCGUUUUCUAAAAAUGCUUCAUUGCCCUUUCCGUGCAGUUAAAAAAAGGUAUAUGAAAAAAAAGAGGUUUUUGGUAAGUGAGGAGAUUGGAAGGGAUAAGUUUGAUACCGUAUCACUCUUCUAUUUGGGUGCAUUGGUCAUAUCGUUUUUUUUUACAGCAGAUGAGUCCCCCUUCCUGUAGAUUCCUUGUAAGUUGUUUUUUUUUUCCUGAAUAACAUUGCCAGUUAUCGCCUAUUGCCAAUAACACUGACAAGUCCUCAUUGUUCCUCGUCAUAACGCCUUUUACAGAAAAAAAAACACAUUUACGUCAUCUGUAAAUAUGGAAGUUGUCAUACCGGACAGGCAGAUAGCAGCGAAAAUCGAAGCAUAGAUACUGAUCUAUCAUUCAUCGGAAAGAUAUACACGAACUGGAAGUCAUUCGCAGUGUAAUUUGUCUGUAUGCCAACAGCUUCUUUGCCAUGGAAAUUACAAUCUUGGUCACUUUUUUCGCUGUAAUACUGACAAUGUCGGAAGGUAUGUGAUUUAUUUCUGUCAAUUAUUUGCUCAUUAAUUUGUAUGCCAACCCAGUGCUUACUUACAAUGAAAUUCGUAGUUACUGUUUACCCUGACCUAAUAGGGUGCGCAUGGCUCAAGAAGAGUAACCUGUGAAUUUGCCAUGUUCACGGGAUUUUGAUUGUCUUUUUCGUAAAAACUUCCCCAUUCCCGUCAAUAAACGUCGCGUCCAUGACUAUUUCCCAGUUACCGAUUUUAUUGCAUGACAUACACUGCUGAUGCCAUAAAUAUCAUCCGAUAGCUGAGUCCAGACUGGCCUUCUAUUAUUUUAUCUUGUGAAUUCUCAGUUCUUGACUUAUCUACAUCCCAGUCUCACAGGUCUCCCUCUUACAGUUUUGCUUUCGUUUCUUAAAUUGGCAAGCUAACGUAACGAAGACGAAAAGCCUUACGUCCCAUUUUAAGAUACGAUUUGUCAAGGAACGUUUGGCACCCAAGGUAGAUAAAUAUAAGAGCAUAAAUUUUUUCUGAGUGGAAUAUAUUUUUAGGAUCAGUUCCACUUAAAUUUACCCAAUCUCAUGCACCGUGAUUAAAGUCCUUUGGGAAUUUUUUGAAUUUUGGAAUGUGUUGUUGGUGCAUUGCCACUUGCUGAGGUUAAUAGCAUGUUUUUAUAAGCCAAAAUAGGUAACCAGUGAAAGUUUUUUCUGUCAAUAUAAUUUGAAACUGAUUUAAAAACUUAUAGCAGAAGCAAUAACAGUGUUGUUCACCAAAGUAUAAGAUUGAUAGAUUUGCCACAACAACCUUAGACAACUGCUCCCCAUAGCGUUUUCAACUCGCUCAGAGACCGUCAGACUAUACGGCUACAAUGUAUUGUUUUACCCCUAAAAACAUUUAAAAACUGGCCUUGUAUUCGAUAAGCCUCUUUUGUUGACUGGGCUAACUUAAUUGAGCACUUGUCCCACUUGGUGCACACUCCGUGUGGAAUCAGGAGCUGGUGUCGAGCCAGCAAUAGCAUUUCCGCCGACAAGAUGUUUCCUGUCUUUAUUUCACACAGUGGCAAGACAAUUGCGUCGUUAAAAUAAAACAAAUUGACGUGGGUCUGCUGCUGUCGUAUUGGUGACGAAUUUUUUUUCCUGUAUCUAUUUUACAUACUAAAAAGACAAUUUCGUCGUUAAAAUAAAACAAAUUGACAUGGAUCCGCUGUCGUAUUGAUGACGAAUAGUUUUUUGGCAACUGUGUCGUGGUUUUGAAGUGGAUUAACUCGAUUAACCUUGCAACAGGUUUUUAUUAUGUUUUGCGAUUUCAUCCUCGUUAAAAUGAAAGACUUAUAAGGUUUAAGAUUGGAAUCCAGAAUCUAAGUUCCACCGACAACGUUAAGUAUUGAAGAAUCGAUACGUAUAUUAAAAGUACAUAUUUGCAAUCCUGGGCCAAGAUUCGUGCUUAGGCUAUAAUUAAAAUCGAUGGAAAAAAAAACUCGGUCUGUAAUUUACAGCUGUACUGAUCUCAAACUCGGCUAAUAUUAAUUAGACGCGAAGCUAAAAAAAAGAAACUUUGUGUGCACAUGACCAUGAUCAAGACCACGAGUCCAGCACGAGUAGUUGCUUGUUGUCUCAGAGACAGAAAAUAAGCAUAUGAAACACAUGAUAUGACGGGGCAUAAUAUCGCGUUCUCGCCUUCCGAAAGGCAACAGUAAAUGUUAUAAUUUUCUCGAUAGCCUGUUUCCAGGGGCACACAACGACGGUUUCCUCCUAAGUACAUUGAAAACAUUUUUUAGGCUAUCCAGAGUACUUUUAGAUCUCUAGAAAUGCAUUCUAAGCGGCACUAUAAAAUUUGUCUCUGUCCGGUCAAACUGUAUAGAAGGACUUGAGUCUUUCCGAAAUUACAAGGGCUUCAGUAUUUAAUUUAUUUUCCCGAAAAUUUAGAUGCAAUUUAACGUUUUACGAAAGUUAGAAGUUUUCGUUUUCCUCUCCUCGUGACAUUUUUGAAUCGAAGAAUUUUAGGUUUCCUUUUUCUACGAAAAUUAGCCUCACAUGGGGAGUAAAAUCAGGGGCACCCAACGGGAAUAUAGUUCAAAACCACUUAAACAUAGCAUUGUUGAACGUAUUUUAGUAUUUAAACGGUAGAUAUAGACAUAUUUUUAUCCCCUAAAAAUUUUCAUCUGUUCGGAUUUCCUAGCUGAAAGUCUAGUGAUCCGAAAAUUAUAGGGAUCAAAACUUACCUUUUCGAAAAUUUCAGCCAGAAAAAAGGCUCCCGAAAACUCUAGGUGACCUUUUUAGGGUAAAAAAACGUUAAAAAUGGGCAAUUAUAUCAUUUUUGGGGGGCUCGAAAAUCCUAGGAGAGGCGGGCAAGCAAGAAAUUUAACAACAAAUGUUCCAAAAAUUCUAGAUCUCAAAUCGUCUUCCGAACAGAUAUUUUCCAAAAAUUGUCGUUGGGUGCCCCUGUAAAAUGCGUCGAAAAUUGUUACCUGAAUGGAACGGUCAUCUAGAAAUUUUUAGCCGUCCUCAAGCUAUAUAGAAAAUUCUAGGCAAUAUUAGCUUCCCCCAACAGAUAAUUCAUGAUGAUUUACAGAAAACAGUCGUUGAGUGCCCCUGUGAUUCAUUCUACUAUCGUCUCUCUUUCGUUCGCUUAAGCAGAGUUGGUUAAAUGAUUAUUGAAAUAAAUGUUUUUCGUUAGGGAUGUAGAAUUGUUUGUAAGACUUCUUGUGGGCACCAGUGACCUUUAGAUGUUACUAUGAAUUCACCUUUCAAUUCCCAUGCAAGAAAGCGCUUGAUUUCGAUGAACCUGCAGUUACAUAUAACAACAGAUCGCUAGGCCUUCAGAAACACAACAAGGGUGUUAAAAGGACAAUCUGAGAGACGCAUACUUGGUUUGAAAAACCGUUCUCGCUCUCUGAUUUAAAGGUCCCCACAUUUGCUGGGUGCCACUUGGUGCCUGUGACGUGAAACUUCUUCUACAGACUACAGAGACAAUGAAAUGCUGGUUCAAUGGCGCUGUAGGUCUGGGCUCAUAGUAACAGUUUACGUUCAGCUGACCUUCUUUUCUUGCAUUUUAGGUAAAAUGUCAUUCAAGGACCAAUGCAUUUACUGGCACAACUACUUCCGCACUCUCCAUCAGGUAAAUACCUGACUAAAAAGACGGUACCUGCUAAAAACUUUAAAUCAUCAACGAUGAGGCUUCAAGAAUUUAUGGGUAAAUGUUUAUCAGCAUUGCAAAUUCAAAGGAUUUUUUUUCUUGAAGAGACUAUCACAACCUUCUCGAAUUUACGAAUGCAUAUCGUUUACGAAUGCAUAUCCCGGGAGUACUUUGUUUUAAGUAUGCCGAUUUUUAAAUCUUCUCCGAAAACUUUUAGGUUUCAUCUUAUCACCAUUUUCAAGACUACUACACAAUGUACUCUCUAUAACUAGAGAGAUCUCUGAAGAAACAUGUACCCAAAAGUGAGUUAGUCGGCUUAUCGCCAAGAAAACUUAAGUCCUUUUGAACCUUGUUUGAAUGAAUCGGUGAGAGAAACUCUUGAUAAUGUAAGCUUAUAUAGAAAAAAAAAGGAUUUGCCAUGCUAAUAAACCUCUACCCAGAAAUCCAUUAGGCCUUAUCGUUCGAGUUUUGUACUUUUCAAAAGACAGCGUUUUUUCAAUCAGGAGCAUAUACUUUCUCAUUGUUGUACGUUCCAGGUAAUGGUUGCUAACCAUCUUUUCGUUGAAGAAAUCGUAUCUUUUGGAAUGCAGGCGCUCACAGCUCAAUAAGCAAACUUUCUGGCUGUAAACUUGAUAAACGUUGCUCGACCGCUUGGAUUUUUUUAUGAAUAAAUCAUUCACAUCAGUAUAAACGCUUUUCUCCAGGUUCCUAAUGUCACGUGGUCAACAAGCCUUCAGAAAGAGGCAGAGGACUGGGUCAAAUAUCUGGCUGAAAACGAAAAGUUUGAACAUAGCCAAAAGAAUCCUGGGAAUUUAUAUCUGUCCCAUCCUAACGAUUACCCACCAGAGUAUUGUAGUGAUGCUAUACAGUGGUUUCAUGAGGAGGAAAAGUAUUAUAAUUACAGUAGACCCGGUUAUGUUCUAAAAGCGGGACAUUUUACAACGGUAUGUCACGAGCAUUAUACAUACCCUUAAGAAGAUAUAUAAAAUGUAGAGAAACACGGGCUCAAUUAGUUUCGCUGCCAUUGUUGUUUUCAUCUUGCCAGGUAGUCUGGAGAAACUCAAGAGAAAUUGGGGCAGCGUGGGCCAUACGUAAAGACAAGAGGCUUGUUAUUUCUAUUAAGUACCACCCUGGAGGCAACUAUGUUGGGUACUUUAAAAAUAAUGUUUUCCGACCCAUCGCGACCGUACUUGGACCUGAAUGGCCGCACCAUCCACCCGGGUUUACAAGGUGCCCUGCAAAGUUCGUAAAGCAGACAACAACCGCCGUUCCAAGAACAACGCCGACCUCGGAGCCGAACACGACGCAGAUCACGGUACCAACCACGUCACCAAGUAUGUGCUAUACAUUACAAACCACCAGUGCACCAUUAAGUCAAGAAAAAAUACGGUUAAACGUUAACCGUGGCUCUAGUAGUGACAAAAGAUUUUUUUUCUUUCAUUCUGGCGGUUUGCUGUAUGAAGGAGUGUCUCUGACUUCAAGGUCUGUUUUGACAUCUUGCAUAUUGAAGUUGUGAAAGUUCUUUCAAGACCAGGAUCAAGUCAUUUAACCGUAGACCAUGAAAGUUUUCCAGAUGCAUUUGUUUUUUUUAUCGGGGGUUUUGUUUUGACUGUGUAAAUAGGUCCUUGCACGAGCUAAAGUUCAGUGAUGGUGAGAGGUGGUUUAUCAUGAUCAUCUUCAUCAUCACCAACAUCAUCCCUGCCGCCACCAAAUCAUCGUCAUCACAUCAUUAUGAUCAUUGUUACGAGUGAACAUGAUUUAAGAGCGGGGGAAAGUACUCAUCGCUGGCAAAGAUCCGCGGAUUGCCCAUUAAGUUAUCAGAUAUUUCAAAAGGCUAGUCUCUCCUCUGUUGGGUUUGUAAUUUUUGAAAGCUAAGAGCGCCCUUUUACUGUGGUGAAGUAUGAGGUUUUGUAAAUAAUGACGUAUCGUUUUUAUUAAUGAAGCACUUUUUGAUUUCACAUUUCCAGGUAAAGUACCAUUUAAAGACCAGUGUCUUUUUUGGCACAAUUAUUUUCGUACCCUUCAUCAGGUAUAAAUUUUUAAUUUCUUCUUUCCACUGCCCUUUUGAACACCUGCCGCAAAUGAUAGGUAAAGAGACGCCAACAGUAUCCCUCCUUAUUUACUAGCAAUAUGACAUUUGCAGAUAUCGUCUUAAACCCAUUCGCCCCUUACGCGACUGCCCGUAUAACCCUCCCGUAAACCGCCCUUGCAGUUAAAUAGUUUGCAUACUUAAGGCCGGCACAUCAGUCUUCAGUUCCCUUCUCUAAAAAGUCAAACUUCACUGUAAAGAAAUGAUUGAUUGAUUGAUUGAUUGAUAAAGAUGGAGGCCAGGUGCAUUUUAUAAAAGAGUUUUUUUUUCAUCCACUUAAGGUCCCCACCGUUACUUGGUCAAAGAGGCUCCAGAAGGAGGCGGAGGAUUUGUUGAAAAAUGUGACAGAAAAUGGUGGGAUUGAAAAGAGUCGCGAUUAUCCUGGAAAGUUAUAUUUGUCUCCGCAUGAAACAUACCCUGUAGAGUACUGCAGUACCGCUACAUGGUGGUUCCAUCAUGAGGAACAGUAUUAUAACUACAGCAAUCCAGGCUUUGUUAAGAAAGCGGAAACAUUUACUCAGGUAGGUCAUAUAUGUGCGCUGCAAAACGAUUAUACAUGAUCUUGAAAUUAAAGUUUGGAGUGAGGUGGUGGGGUACAUAUUCUGAGUCUUGUUCUUUGUCUUUUACCCAAAACGGUGUCGCUAAAUUCCAGUACCAAUAAUUUAAAUACAAUUAUCACAUCUCGAUUCAAAGUCCUCUUUUUCUUCAUUUUAUUCCAAAUCUGUCAUUAAGUAAGCGCUCCACGACCUCCAUUCACCGCCACCAAACAAGAGAAAUUUGCAAAAGCUUAGCAAAGUACCCAAAGGCUAAUGUUGGUAUGUUCACUGUUACAAGUUUAAGACUGGAAUCAAUUGGGGGAUUAGUGAGUGCGUCCGAAUGUUUACCUUUGGAAUUGUGGUUGCAGUCUGUCACUGAAGGGGAGAAGUUUGUCAAUUCAGUGAAAAAGGGGACGAGUUUAAUCGAAGAGAUGGUCUUGACAGAGCCCUGUUCAGCAUGUAUCAGCGCAGUAGCUGUAGCUUUUUUAUUAAAUAUAACCCCAGUGAAAUGUACACUGAAUGUAAAAACGUAGUAUUAAUCAACAAAUUGUAUACUUAUAUUAACUUAUCGAACUUAUCGAACUGCGAAAACCUUUAAGGGACAUUAGACGUCAGUCUCCGGACAUAAAACAUCGGGAGAUCGGACAUCAAACAUUGGACAUCGGACAACGGACAUUAGACAUCGGACAUCAGACAUCGAACAUCAGAUAUCGGACAUCAGACAUCAGACAUCGGAGAUCAGACAUCGGACAUAAGGCAUCGGACAUAAGACAUCAGACAUAAAUGAGAAAUCAGACAUCGGACAUCGAACAUCAGACAUCAGACAUCAGACAUCGGAUGUCAAAGAUCAGACAUCAGACAUCGGAUAUCAGACAUCAGACAUCAGACAUCGGACAUCAGACAUCGGACAUCGGACACUGGACACCGGACACCGGAUAUCAGACAUCGGACAUCGGACAUCAAACAUUAGAGAUCAGACAUCAUACAUCGGACAUCGGACAUCGGACAUCAGACAUCGGACAUUGGACAUUGGACAUUAAACAUCAGGGCGGAUAAAACGAGCGCGUCCGAGCAAAAAGGUGUGAUGCAGUGGACUGGGACUCUGCUUAGAAAUGUCGCCUGUUUUCGACUUCGGUCAGGGCUUGCGAUGUGGUUUGUACAUUAGACACUGCCGCUGUCACUGAAUUAUGGCGGCUUGAUUUGUUUUCGUACACUUCUUCCUCGUUCCUUUGUGCUGGUACGCUGUCUCCGAGAGGAAAAUGUUGCUAUUUUUUUUGCGGGAGGUUUAGUUGGAGUAGACAAACAUCUCUUUCAAAGGGUUUCUUUUAUUAGUCCACGACUCUACCACUGAAUUAUAUUUUCGUUCUGCUACUCGCCAAUGUCGAUGUUAUUCCAAAACAAAAACAACUAAGUACUGUCUAAAACACGAAGGAAAAUCUCAUCCAUGUCAUCCAUGGCAAAAAUAAAAGACCGCAGAUCGUGUUUCAUAACUAGAUGACGUGUAUUUUAUAAAUGCGUGCAGCUCGUGCAAGGUGCAAUUAUGCUAAUUUCAAUCAUCAUCAUCCUUCCUUUUAAUUUUGAAAAAAACAUCUCAUACGUCUAUCUGCUUCUUCGAAACUUCAAAAUUAGUUUCCCCUCAGAUUUUACUGUUUACCUUGUUUCGUUUUAGAGAGAAAAACGGAGAAAAACCUAACAACUAACCUCAAUAAAUUUUGUUUACAUGCGGUUGCCGGAUUUGCAACGCAUUGCGCGAAUCGCCAUGUCGCGUUCGUCGCACCGAGAAGCAAAGCUUGAAGAAGUACAACGCCACUAUAUCAAUAUAUAUCAAUCUAAUUUUUUGUUAACUUAUAUAAAAUUUAUCCCCCUUUAACAUGUGUAAAAAUCGAGGUUAAGAAGUGUUAAGCUUUUGCAAACGAAACGGCGAAAGACGGUUAGGUGAUAUUUAGUGGAAGGAGGAGGUAUUCAACACUUUCAAAUUAAACUCAAAUUUUGGCAUUAUACUGGACCAACAGGUUUGACUUAUAGACGUACAGACACAAACAUAUGAAACUGUUUAUUGAUAUUGUUAUGAAACGAAUUUAUCUAUUUAACAUUGUAGCCUGAAAUUACAGAAAGAAAAUAGGAUUUCCGGUUUGCAAAAAGGAAAAUUUCGCCGGCCUUGAAGCGCACCGGAAGCGCGGAAAGAGCGCUCGUGCCAGUCCUACUCCGCAUCACGCAUUAAAUGAAGAGCGGAGCGCUCGUUUCACCACCCAACCUUUAUCCGCCCUGUUAAACAUCAGACUUCGGACAUCGGACUUUGGACAUGGGUCUUCUGACAUCGGACAUCAAUCGUCGGACGUCGGAUAUCGGAUAUCAGAUAUCGGACAUAGGACAUCGGACAUCGGACAUCGGACUUCAAACAUCGGAAAUCGGACAUUAGACAUCGGACAUUGGAUAUGGGACAUCGGAAUUCGGACAUAGAGCAUCGGACAUUGGACAUUAAACAUCAGACUUCGGACAUCGGAUACCGGACAUCAAACAUUAGACAUCAGACAUCAUACAUCGGACAUCGGACAUUAGACAGCGGACAUUGGACAUUAAACAUCAGACUUCGGACAUCGGACUUUGGACAUCAGUCUUCUGACAUCGGACAUCAAAAGUCGGACAUCGGACACCAAACAUUAGAGAUCAGACAUCAUACAUCGGACAUAGGACAUCGGACAUCAGACAUGGGACAUCUGUUAUGGGACAUCGGAAUUCGGACAUAGAGCAUCGGACAUCGGACAUCAAACAUCGAACAUCGGAUAUCCGAUAUCAGAUAUCAGACUUCGGACAUUGGACAUCUGACAUCAGACAUUGGACAUUAAACCUCGGACAUCAAAUAAUCAAAUCAAGUCUUUUUCUGCUAAUUGUUCGUGCUAAAGCUUCUUGCGUGUUGAGUUUAGGCUGCGCUCUCCUAACACUUUUAAUUUACUAACCUGUUUGGAACAUGACUAAGAAGGUUUUAGUGUUAAAAGAUUGAAACUGGUGUUAUUUUUGAUGAUACAUAAUUUACUGGUGCUCGAAAAGAAGCUUGAUAGUUAUAAAAAAACAGUUCCUGAGUUACAUGUACAUGUUCUCUGGCUCAGAACACAGUACUGAUCUCAUAGGAGAAGGCUCCCGUCGCAACUUUAAAGGGACAGUGUCCCGAUUAUGCGCACGCGCGAGCGUCAUCUGUUUUUUCUUCAAAAGACAAUAGAACUGUCAUAUUGACUUGACAAGAUUUCUUUCCGGACCGCACCGCCGACGGAGUAGACUGCAAAACAGUCCGUAUUUUUGCGUAUUCAAGUACGUGCGAGCAGUCAAACAAAAGGUCUGGAAUGAGGCUGAAAACAGAGAGCGAGACUGGGGCGAGACGCUAAAAUACGGACUGUCCGUUUUGCAUACGUUAUAUUCGUUCGAAUUACCCGCUUCUCCCAGCCACGGGCAAUUCCCAUUGGCUAAAUUUCGAUGCAAGCUGUCACCAAGCUGUCAAGUAAUGUUUUCAACACGUCAUUCACGUUGUUCCAUACCGUGAUGAAUUGCUAAAGCUUUCGCUGUAAAAUGACAGAUGUUGAUCGCCUGGAUUUUCUCGCAAGAAUUGGGAUUUGUGUUAAAAUCGGAGCAGAGGGAAGCUUCGGAGUUGCUACUCAGGGGAAAGGAUGUUUUCUGUGUUCUACCAACAGGAUUUGACAAAAGCCUUAUUUAUCGGAUGUUUGUUCAUGCAAAGAGUUCUUCAAGUUCCGCGCAACGGCCGACCGUCAUUGUUAUCUCGCCUGGCUAAAAAAGCGGGAUCGGUAGGAAACACACGACUUUUACCUCAUGCAAACAUGCCGCUUGUUCCAAUGAAUUGUUUUCUCUGUCGAGUAGAUCAUGCUUUGGUAGGCAUGAUUUGCCCCCUGACGCAAGAGCAUUUUCUUUCUUAUCCCCUUUAGAAAUGUAUAGCUCCUUCAUUGCGGCUGAUUAAGGGUUUUAGGUUGUUUUAUUUGUCCAAAGUGCCACCUGGAUUUGAAUAAUUUUAAGUGAUUUUCUUUGUGUCCGUGAAUGUGACUUUUUUCUGCAAUGUUUUGUCACGCUGGGCCCAGCUCGUUAGCGUUUUUGGCAGGAUUUUAAAUUCUCACAGAUAGUAAUUUACAGAGCUAAAUCACCAAGACGUGGUUUGGAAUGAGGGGAUUUACUCAUUCUUUUCAAUCGCAAUAAUUGUUCAUUGUCAGUUGCCGUGUUCAGUUCUUCUCUAAUUUUCGAAAGCAUCGCCGUGUAGUUUCCCGGGCUAACCGUUGUUCCGCACGGAGAGCAAACUGCUCUUGUGGAGAAAGAUUCUCCUUCCUCGAGGACAACGAAAAGUUCGUUUUUCAGUAGGUCGGCCCACUUUGGCAACGUUUCCCCUUUUCUGGUAGGCGCAACAAACGCAUUUUCCGAGCUUAUCCAUCCAUUCGUAAAAUUACCGAACUGUGUUUUCAAACAACAGCCGCACAUUCUACAAUUUGUCCAAAGCCCUCGGCUCUUUCGGCUUUCUCCCUCUUCGAGGAGCAGGCACAGGAUUUGUUGUCGUACUGUCACUUUCACUCAUUUUUGAUCCUCCACUAUAUAUACUACAUUUCACUAUAUACACUACAUUUCACAGGGAAGCAACGCUAAAAACUGCUUGAGAAUUACUGGAUUACAGUGUCAAUAAUAACACGCGAGUCUAUCAAAUUCACAAAGAGGGCGGAGUUGCGAACAGAUUUUUGACAGCUCGACGACAUUUUUGAACCCCCUGGUCGGAACGAACUCAUUGUAUGGAAAACGGACAGUCGGUUUUUUUUCUCUCGCCUCACACGUGUGAGGCUCGCGUGCGUCGCGCGCGUAAGACUCUUUCGCCACGCUUUAACGAUUUCUUUACUAAUUUUGAGAAAAAAACCGACUGUUUUGCAUUCUACCGACGGAGAUUUGUCUGAUUUGUUGUUUAUAUUCUCAAGUAAUAUUUUAGACUUUCGAAGAAGUCUUUCGUCUUAUAUAAAAAUUGGCUCGCGGUUAGAAGACUCAUCGCGAUUUUAUCGCUAGCUGGGCCGCCUCCCGACCCGAAAAUCUCGUUCCGCUCGCUUUAAAAACAUAUUUUCUAAUUUGAAACUCAUGUCAGAGGUCAAUUGUUCCAAGUCUAGUAAUAUCUGCCUGAUUUGCUCGCGUUCUAGCCUCAAACGUUUGAAAAACAUAAAUAAAAAUGCAAUCUCAACGCUAUGAAUCAUCACAAAGGUUAGUCAAAAAUUCUAUUAUGAUUUGAUGGCACUAGUUUUCGUAAACAUGUAGCUCCUGUUAGUCUGAUUUUGCCGGCCGUGGGGAGAUUCAUUUGAAAGUUUACUAACGCGUCGUUGCAAAACAGUCUGCUUCACGAAGCUCCCCUCCACAAGAUCUCCUCAGUCACAUCAACGUCUCAAUGGUUUCUUUCUUACAGUCUUUAUUGUUGCUGUUUUAUUUCUGCGUGUUCCUUCCACAAUUAUCUGAGCUUGUAUGGAAGCUAGCAGAAGAAAUAAGCCAUCAAUCGGCAUCAAAGUGCUUCCAAUCUUUUGGUCCUCCGGCCAACGGAAAUAAAAGUAACGCCAAAACACCCAGAUUUUGCCCAAAUCGAAACUGAACAGGAACAAUAUAUCAUUGAUCUGUAAUCCUCAGAAGUUUUAGUGUCGUAUUGAACCCGGCCAAGCGCGAUGAUUCAAGGUUCUCUUACUCUUCUCGCAUCUUUUGAUUUCGCGACGUCCUGUCCAAAAAUCAAAGUUUGGUGCAUGCGCAGUAACGGGAUACUGUUCCUUUAAGCCAGUUCUUUCUUACGAGUAGAUUUUCCAGAUGCGGGGCAUUGGGUGAGGGUGGAAGUCUUGAUUUUGGCCUUACCGUACUUUUUAUUUUGCCAGCUCAUUUGGAAGAACACUACACAGAUUGGAGCUGCUUGGAUCCUACUUCAAGACAAGAGACUUGCCAUUUUUAUCAAAUACUACCCUGAAGGCAACAUUGCGGGCUACUUUGGUAGGAACGUUUUUCGACCUACUGCAAGAAAACUGGGUUCAGAAUUGGGGCGUGUUCCGCCCGAGUUUACAUGGUGUCCAGCGGAUGCCGUUCAGCGGAAGCCUCCAGUGAAAGCAGCCGUGACAAAGUUACUGUCCAAUGUUCAGCUAUUUAUUUGGGCUUUGCCCUUGGCAUUGUUAACAGUUGUAAUAUUUCUGUAAAACAACAACAAAUCCGUUGUUGAUUCUGACGCAGAGUUCAGUAACGGAGAAGCUCAGUCGAGGUACUUACAGUAGCUGUCUUGUAGAUCCUUGUAGAUCCGAAUUAAAAUCCAACAUCGUUGGCUAGUUUUGAAAAAAAAUAAGCCCUGAAUUCUCAGUGAAUAGUCAACAGCUAAUUCUAGCAAAUAUUUAAAGGUAUUUUAACCUACUACGGAGGGGUUUAAAGCAGUAUAUCAAGCAUGAGACGCCGUUUUUCAUCACCAGAUGAAAUCUAGAUUAUUGAGAUUCAAGGAGAAUAAUGUUUGAGUAUAGCUUGGCUAGUUAGAAGCGGGUGCUUAAAGGCCCAUGUUCACCCUAGAUGCAUUGUGCGCCCUGUACUCCAGAAAAAACAUUUCGCGUAGUUGAAAAUCGCUGCCUUUAGUAUGUAAAGUCAAUCUUUCUUAAUCUUCCACAGUUCGCUAAAUCUGGUUUAAAAGAAAGUCUCAACAAGUUCUUUUGGUAUUUUCCUUUAUAUCUUUUUGGAUAUUUUGGAAUGGUAUCGAGCCUUUUUGUUUCUGUGAGUGUUUGUUUCACUGCAGCACUAUCGAUGGCGGCUCCAUCGAAACAGACGGUUGGAAGCAUGGUUGGAAGACCGCGUCGACGGGGGUCGCCGAAGUACAUUCGUCUCCGUGAAUCCGUUUUUUAAUCCCUGGAGAGAUGGGAAAGAAACUCUUGGCUGUAAAUUCUACAGACAGCGUGUUUGCCGAGUUCCUUCUACAUCGAAUGUUCAAUUGUAAACGAGGGUCCCGUUGAAAUCAGUUGAAAGCAAAACAAGCGAGUCAAUCUAACAUGAACAAUGCUUUAUUUAAUUUAACCUAUGAAGGGAGUGAUAUCCUUAACGUAAACGUAUUGUCUGGCGUAUCACGAUUAUAGCCGGCUCUAAAGUAGCGAGAACUCUAGCAAACCAAUCCUUAGCAAAACCUAAAGAAAGUGUAAUACAGCGAUUACAGCGACAAGACUGUACGCAGUGCCGAUUCGACGCUUUGCAAACACAACUUCUCGCUUACUCUUUCGAGAACACAUACCUAAGCUUCCUAAGAAUUAACAAAAUAAUAGAUUGAGGAAUCAAAACAUUUCACAGUCGAAUCGGGCUUCAGGAAAACCUCACCUGGUGCUUAGACGUUUCGUAAUUUAUGACCUUCAUUGUGUUCAUCGGACUCAUCCAUAUGCAUUCACUACCAGUUUAAAUUUUGAACUACUUUCUACGGUGACAUUUAACGAAGUCGGCGAUAUAUCUUCCUCCAUUUGGAAAAGAAUUAAAAGUUUUACUGGCCUCUUUGAUACUGUCUCUCUAAGCUUUGGUCAAACGUGAAAAAAGCUGCAAUAAUUAUUGUAGUCUCCCUCGCAGUCGUUUUUAGUAUCGUCACGCAACGCUCCUCAAAGUGGAAGCCAAUCAAAACACUGCAUUUGACAAAAGAAUCGUUUCAAAACAAAAACACAAGCGCGCAAAGCCGUUUGGGUGAACAUGGGCCUUUAAACUGAGAUCAGAAAAAAAAUUAAAUAAGGAUCUUUUUUAAACAGAACUUUGCUAUUUAAAAAUUGUUGUUGAUUUUCAGUGUAAAUAAUGGUGAACAAAUCUUUGUCACCUGUUUUCAUUUAGCACCCGUGUUAAUUACCCUUACCAAACUGAAGAAUUUUUCACAAAAAGCAAUUAUAUAGUGUCUGUUUAACCCAGGCUCUCCAAAAAAGCCCAUGUUAUAAGUGCAUGCAUACAACUUAAAUAUAUGAAAAUUAAAUUCGUUUGAAAAAUUAAAAUCGAAAAUUAUUUGAAUCUACAAUGUGAUUAAAAAAUGCAAAAGCGAAUGUCUGUGCCGAACUUGUGAAGGUCACGUGAUUUUAAAAACUGGAGGUUCCAUGGAGAUGAACCGUGCUGAAACCGAGGCUUUGUGACAAUAUUGGUGUGGUACAAAAUACUUCUGUAUCAUCUCCAGUAAGUAUUUUCUAAAUGUGUGUAUUUUAUAGGUACUUCUUGGGGUUGCGGAGUGUAUUGUAUUGAAUUUUAACACAAUUUUUAGUUUUACCAGAUUUCAGAAACACGUGUAAAAAUGCUAAAAUCGUCGUUAUUGCUGUAAAACUGAAUUCUUUGCCGAAAAGUGUCUAUUGGUCAUUAUCCAGUGUUAUUUCAGACCGAUUAUAAUCUGACGUCCCGUCCUCAUGAAUUCGGAUAUUUUUGAAACCUUCUUUUUUACAGUCGUGAGUCCGCCUUCCGUACACAUGAAACCAGUGAAUUUGCUCAUUCAUCCCUCGGGCUAUUUGUGUAAAAAACACACGCGGUUUCAGAAAUGUUCUGAUACGUGUGGCCUGGGCCUGAAGACUUCAGUCAGGCAGAUAAAAGAUAACUUAAAUAAUUAAAUAUAUCGUUAUUUAUGGUUGUGAAAAAAUGUUGAUACUUCAACUGUGAGUGAUUGUCGAUUAUCAGUUAACAUAAACAAUAUCAAAAGUGGAUAAAAAGACUAUUUUUAGUUAAUCGUCUGCUGGUUACGUUUAACGAGGGGCAUUAGCAUUCGCCUAUAUUUAAAGAGGGCCUAAAGACUGAUGCUAUAUAUAUCCUAUAGACCUAUCUCGGUUCUGCCUGUAGUAAGUAAAUUAAUUGAGAGAAUUGUUCUAUAACCAACUAUAUGAAUAUCUAAAUAAUAACAACUUGUUUACUGAAUCACAAUCUGGCUUAAGACCUCUGUUUUCUACUUGAAGCAACAAAUGAAUAGCUAUGAAAUAUUGUUAACAAUCUCCUAAAUUUUAAAGCACUUCAAGCUAAGGAUUGGGGGUGGCCUUCAUAUUUAAACUACAGAGAGUCUCCAGUAUAUGUAGAAGUUUACGUUCUUCGCGGUCUAAGAUUACAAGUUCUUCUGGAAAAAGGAACCUUCCAGGAGACUGCUACUGCCCUUUUUAAUAACCUUCCUGAUAGUCUUAAGAAGUGUGACUAUUUUAACCUAUUUAGUUCGCGCAUUUUUAAAUUCUUAACGAACCGGGCACAGGCCAGCUUAUCUUGAUUGUACCUUAAGUUUUAUUCAUAUGAUCAUUGUAAAUACUUUCUCUUUUAAUCGUUAUUCAUUCUAUUAUUGUUUUAGUAUAUUUUUUUUUGUAAAUAUUUGAUACACAUUUUUAUUUUUAGUUUUAAGUAACAGAUGAAAAGCCACAAUGUGGAAACCCUGCUAUUAAAACGAUUACUUACUCACUUACAAAAUGGUGUGAUAUACCUGGACUUGAAAUUAAAAGCCUGUGACACCAUGGAUCAUGCUAUCCAACUUGGAAAGCUUAAACUCUAUGGGGUCAGUUCUUAAUUUCUUAACUGGUUCCGGCCUUAGCUAUCUGACCAAAAGCAACAAACUUAUAUCGAUGAGGCUCAAUCUGAUUUCUGUAAUUUAACAUGCUGUAUUCCACAGGGCUCUAUUUAAGGCUUUUUAUAAUUUUCUAUUUAUAUUAAUGAUCUCCCUUAAAAUAAUUUGGUUUCAAAGCCAAAGAUGUAUCCAAAUGUUACUACCCUUACCUCACUGAAGUAAACCCAUUUGUCCUUGAUCAUAAAAUGAAUAAUGAUAUGAAUUUAAUUCAGUCAUGGCAGUGAGAAAAUAAUUAACUUUGAAAGUUAACUUUGAAUGUUUUAGCUCCAGUGUUUUGUUGGAUGAGCUUGACUGGGAAAGACUAUAAAGUUUAAGACUUAAACUGUUGGCUGUGAUAAUGUAUAAAAACCGUAGUGAUCUUUCCCCAUCCGAUCUGAGGCGGAUCUUAACUAACACCUCAAAUGUACACACACAAAGGGUUACAGGGGGUUACACGGGGUUAAAAAGGGUUGCAGGGGAUCACAAGGAGUUGCAGAAAGUUACAGGAGGUUACAGGGGGGUUAGAAAGGGUUACAAGGGGUUACAGGGGAUUACAAGGGGUUGCAAAACUUACACGGCGUUAUAAGGGAUGACAGGAGGUUACAGGGGAUUACAAGGGGUUACAAAUGGUUACAGGGGGUUACAAGGGGUUACAGGUGGUUACAAAGGGUUACAGGGGAUUACAGAAAGUUACAGGAGAUCACAAGGUGGUUACGAAGGGCUACAAGGGAUUACAAAAAGUUACAGGAGUUUACAAGGGGUUACAAAGGGUUACAGUAGAUUACAGGGGGUUACAAAUGGUUGCAAGGGGUUACAGGGGGUUCCAAGGGGUUACGGAGGGUUACAAAAGGUUAAAAAAGGUUACAGGGUUACAGGGGGUUACAAAGGGUUUCAAGGGGUUACAGGGGAUUACAAAAAGUUGCAAAAGUUACACGAGGCUACAAGGGAGUACAAAGGGUUACAGGGGAUCACGAGGGGUUAAAAAGGGUUACAGGGCAUUACAGGGGUUACAAAGGGUUACAAAAGGUUACAGGGGGUUACUUGACAAUUAUUCCUCGAGCCCGAAUGGGCUCUGAGUCAAUAACUAUUGACUCAGAGGCCAUUAUGGUGAGAGGAAUAAUUGUUUUAGUAAAAUCCAACUAGUUGGUUAAAAAAUACCGAGACAAAACAACUCUUCUGGAAAGUUGACCUUGACCGCAGCGCAAUCUGAUAAUUACUCGAUCUGCACGAAACACUGGGAAAGCUUUCUGACCUCUAAUAAAUGUUAGAUUCAGAGCUACGAAAGUAAGAUUUUGUCAAAUUUUAGAAUACUUCAUGCACUGCAUAACCUUAGCGAAGGAAAGAAAAGAUGGAAAACGGUAACUGUAGGGUCACGUUUUAGUGCUGUAAAGCUUGUCAACACUUUAUUCCGCAACUGUUCAUGGGUUACUUACUACGCAAAUAAAACAAUGGGAAAGGAAUGUUGUUUUCGGUCGACCAGGCGUUUGUGGGGAGGGAUGAAAAACGAGCCCCUAAAAACGCCUGCGUGGGAGGCAAAGUACUAGCUAAACCAACCAAACCGCAGUAUUGAUAAUAGACCACUAGUUGGAUUUUAAUAAAAGGGCUUACAAGAGGUUACAAAAGGUUACAGGGGAUUACGAAAGCUUACAGGGCAUUACAGGGGUUACAGAGGGUUAAAAGGUUACAGGGGGUUACAAGAGGUUAAAAGGGGUUACAGGGGGUUACAAGGGGUUAAAAAAGGUUACAGGGGGUCACAAGGGGUUACGAGGGCUACAGUGGUUUACAAGGGGCUAAAGGGGGUUACAAAGGGUUACCAAAGGUUACAGGGGGUUACAAGGGGUAAGAGGAGGUUACAAGGGGUAACAGUGGGUUACAGGGGGGUCCAAAGAGUUACAGAGGAUUAUAGGGGGUUAGAGCGGAUUACAAGGGGUUACAAAGGGUUACCAAAGUUUACAGGGGGUUACAAGGGGUUAAAGGGGGUUACAAGGAAUUAGAAAAGGUUACAAGGGGUUACAGGGGGUUACAAGGGGUUACAAAAGGUUACAGGGGGUUACAGAGGAUUACGAGGGGUUACGAAGGGUUACAGGGGAUUACAGGGGCUACAAAGGGUUACAAAAGGUUACAGGGGGUUACAAGGAGUUUUGAAGGGUUAUAAAGAAUUACAGGGGUUACAAAGGUUUACAAAAGGUCACAGGGGGUUACAAAGGGUUACAGGGGAUUACAAGGGGUUACAAAAGGUUACGGGGGUUAUAAAGGGUUACAGGGGUUACAGGGGGUACAAUGGGUUACAAAAGGUUGAAGGGGGUUACAAGGGAUUAUGAAGGGUUACAGGGCAUUACAGGGGUUACAAAGGGUUACAGAGGGUUUUAAGGGGUUACAAGGACUUAAAGGGAAUAAGUUAUCUCUAAAUGUGACUAAAAAAUUUUUAUGAUUUUUCAUCCAAGGCAAAAACAAAGUCAAUUUUAAUGUCCCUCUUACUCUGGAAAAUACUCUGAUCAAGCAAGUCACGGAGACAAAAUUUUUAGGUGUUGUCAUUGAUCAGCAUCUCUCUUGGAAACCACAUAUUGAUUUCGUCUCAAAAAAAUCUCGAAAAGUGUGGGAAUUAUUGCGAAAGCCCGCUUUUACCUGUCAUCCCAAACCUUGAUCGCCUUAUAUUACUCCCUUGUAUAUGCUUUCUUAACAUACUGUAAUGUCGCCUGGUCCUCCACCUACUGUUCCAACCUAAAUUGUAUGUACCUUUUGCAAAAGCGUCUAGUGCGGCUAAUAAUAAAAGCUGACUAUCUAGCAAAUACCGCCCCUUUAUUUAACCUGCUUAAAGUCCUUGACAUAUUAGUAUUAAUUCAAUUUCUGUCGCUACUUUUAUGUAUUCUUAUCACUAUAAUCUUUUGCCUAGUAGCUUUCGUGACUUGUUCUUAAGUAGUAAUCAAGUGCAUCAAUACGAAACUCGACUAGCCUCUCAGUAUAGACUUAAUUUUUGUAGAACAAAUAUAAAGCAAUUCAGUAUCCUUUAUCGAGGACCUAAAAUCUGGAAUUCAUUUCCUAUUUCACUAAUUGGCUCUCCUUCUAUAUUUGUUUUUUUUAAAAAAUUAAAGAAUUAUCUCACUGAUAGCCGAUCUGUCGCUUAAUUUUCUGAUCUUGCUCACUCUGCACUGAGCCAUGAAUUUAGUUUAUUAGGUAGUUGAAGGAAGCCUAUUAAUAUAAGCUUCAAGCUUCGUUAGGCUUCCUUGUCACAUUAUUUUUAUAAUUUAAUUAACAACUUUUGUUCAUGUUGUAUUAGGUUUUGUGAGUGACUAAAUAAAUAAAUAAAUAAAUAAAUAAAUAACUAAACAAGGGGUUACAGGGGAUUACAAGAUGUUACAAUAGGUUACAGGGGGCACAAAGGGUUACGAAGGGUUACAGGGGAAUACAGGGGUUACAAAGGGUUACAAAAGGUUACAGUGGGUAACAAAGGGUUACAGGGGGUUACGAAGGGUUACAGGGAGUUACAAGGGGUUACAUUAGACGGGUUAAAACGGUUACAGAAGGUUACAAGGGGUUACAAGGGGUUACAAAGGGUUACAGGGGAUUACAGGGGUUACAAAGGGUUACAAAAGGUUAGAGUGGGUAACAAAGGGUUACAGGGAGUUACGAAGGGUUACAGGGAGUUACAAGGGGUUACGAAAGGUUACAUAGGGUUUGAAAGGGUUACCGGGGGUUACAAGAAGUUACAAAGGGUUACAAAAGGUUUCAGAGGGUUAUAAGGGGUUACAAAGGGUUACAGAACGUUACAAGGGGUUACAAGGAAUAACUUGAAUAUUUACUAAUAUCUAAAUAGGAGGCUUGCCACGACAAAACGGAAUUAUUAUGGGAAAUAUUUGUAGACAAUUUGCCCUACACGGUCAAACCCGUCUGUAGUGUGGCGUUAAUUAUUCGUAGGAAAAGUAGGAAUAGCAAGUUUCUUUUGGCGCUGCGGUGAAGUAUCAAACUUUGUUGAAAAGAUGCCAAUAAGCCUGAAGGCUUGUCGGGACCAAUAAACACUGCAUGUUCCGAUGUGUCUGCUCACGGGAAAAAAAGACUUGACAAGCUGUUCCGACUGUCUGAAGAACUACUCCUUUUUUAUUUCAUUUACAGUGAAUAGUGAAUUCAAAACAAUCUACAAUGAAUAAAAGACUCAAAAAGCACCAACAAGAGAGGCUUGUAAAUAGUUAUGUACAAUUGUUUUUACUUUUUUUACAGUUAAAAUUAAUAGCAAAUUCUUUUUGCUGAAAAUCGUUUUAUUUCUUCGACUCUCCGCCGUUCAGUAGAUUCGCAACACUGAGGAUAUUGGUGAUCUUUGGCUUCAAAAUGUUUACAAAUUUGCAAUUUCUGUCCUGGAGACGUGUCAUAGAAAUAACCAGAGGGCGCAAACUUUAUAACCUACAAUAGGCGACAAUAUAAGUGGAGACACUUCACCCUAAAUUGAGCUUUUUUACGUUUCACUGACUUUAAAAGGAGCAAAUAUAGCUUUUCCUGCGCCAUCCCCUCUAUGCAAUUUUGUGCCGAUGUUCGAGCUAUCUGUAGAAAACAACAAACAUCCAACUUUGAACGGAGGGGACAGGGGAGGGGUGCGGAUUCUUUUGUUCUCUGAAGUUACCCUAUUUGAGUACAAUCUCAACUAAAAAUUUUGUUUCACCGAUUGAAGCCUUUGUUCAGUCGCCCCCUCCCCUCAGGAGUGGGACGUCUGUACACAGGCCAAACUUAACUGCGAAUGGCUACUUCGUGCAAACCUCAUCCCUCGCACAUGCUGAGGUGAAACGAAUUUUACCAUCAUUUACCAUCAAGCCUCGUAUACGAGUGGUGAAAAGAAAUUUUUCCCUAUGGAACAUUAUUUUAACAUUGUUUAAUUCAACCAUUAAAGGUGAAUGUUGCUGGGUAACGUAAAUGAUGCAUAUGAUAUACUGUUUAAACGAACCCACGUGAUAUGGAAUAUAAACUGGAGAUGUUUAAGGGCUAUUUCAAGCUAUUUUUUUAACAAAAAAAGCUAAAACGCGACUUGGUAUAAGCUUAAUCCCAAAAAUAAUGGUAAAGUUUUUAUUUUAGAUCAUAUUUAGGCAUCUUAACUGUUUCCUGUCGUCUCUUGCCACGGAUGGCAAGGAUGGACAUGGAUAUUGAAACUCGAAAAAUAGGGCCGAAUUUUUCAAGACACCAAAAAAAAAGAAACACUCAUCAUGGUUAUUUUCAACUGAUAAAUUUGACAGGAGCAUUUUAUGUUUGGUUAAAGUACUAAGUAACAACUUUGGCACGGAAUUGACCUACAAGGAGCAAUUUCCUCAGGGGCACCCGACUAGAAUAUAGUUCAAAACCACUUAAACGUAUAAACAUAUCAUUGUUGAAUGUAUUUUAGUAUUCAAACGGUAGAUAUAGGAAUAUUUUUUUCUCCUAAAAAUUUUUCAUGUGUUCGGAUUUCUUAGCUGAAAGUUUAGUGAUGCGAAAAUUAUAGGGAUCAAAACUUACCUUUUCGAAAAUUUCAGCCAGAAAAAAGGCUUCCGAAAACUCUAGGUGACCUUUUUAAGGUAAAAAUCCGUUAAGAAUGGGCAAUUAUAUCAUUUUUUAGAUGUUCGAAAAUCCUAGGAGAGGCAGGCAAGAAAUUUGACACCAAAUGUUCCGAAAAUUCUAGAUCUCAAAUCGUCUUCCGAACAGAUAUUUUCCAAAAAUUGUCGUUGGGUGCCCCUGUUUCCUCGUGACUGUAACUACCGUAAUUGUGUUAAGGGCAGACAGGUAAAAGUCUCUCGCUGCAUCCUUUAUGGCGCUUUUAUUAAGGCCAACGAGCGUGAAUGAUGGUUCAGCCGUGAACAGAGAUAAGUGUGAUCAUAUUGUUGAGAAUUUUCGUGGCUUCAUACCAAGAAGAAGAGAGCGUUAUUUUGGUUUAAUUUGUUGGGAUCCUUCAUUUUUUCUUUUUUAGGUCCAGCAUUUUUGGUUAAAGAAAAAAAAGCGCUUAUUGACUCGUAUAAUUCAAAGAUCAGUCUCUGGAUUUGUGAGAUGAGAUAACCGAGCUCCUUCAAUAAUUAUUCUGCUGACAAUUGUAAUAUUUUAAAACUGUCUGCGGUGGAUUGAAUCCGGAAGUGAAGCAUUGCCUCUUGACGUCGUCAAAAGGUCGUUGGCCCAGGAAACAUUAAACACAUUUAUUCCAGCAAAAUUGUAUGGUUGGGACGUAUAGGAAACCAGUGACGACAACUCGGCCUUUUUUCCUUUCACUAGAUUACCGGCUAUAUCUUCUAUUUUGAUAUGGCAUUUCUCACGCCAGAUAAAAACAGGCAAAUCUUAAGGUAAAGUUUCAGCUGGUUUGUUGUGCGAGACAAGUAAUGCUGUGUUUACACUCAAGCGUUUACCAAGGUAAACAUUAACUGACUUAACCCUGGUACAUUUGUACAGUGUUUAUACGGGCUCAAAUAACUAAGGUAAAUCUGUCAUCAAUCACAAUCUAAUCGAAUUGGCGACAAAUUCUAAAUCCACGCAUAAAUAGCCUCCCACGCAGGCGUUUUUAGGGGAGGGAAGAUAUACGAGCCCCCUAAAAACGCCUGCGUGGGAGGCUACGCAUAAAAUGCUCGCGUUUAAAAGAGAACCUGUGGUUCUUGUAGUCCUCGCGUUUUAUGUUCUUGUUCUUGAUCAGCAAACCCAGGAAUCGAGAUUGCAGCAGCUCUUACUUUUGCAGCACCUAAAGAGGUCGAGGCGAAAGCGAUUAAUUCUGCUACAAAUUGCCCUUCGCAAGACAAGGCGCGUUAAACGUGCGUGGUCGUGGCUGAGAAACUAAUUCUGGUUCGAAACUCUAUUAAACGGAAAUUUUGUUGAAGAAUGGUGGAAGGAGAACUUAAGAAUAUCAAGACGUACGUUCGCAAACGUGAUCGAAUGAGACUGACGCAAUCCCGACACCACAGGAUGUGAAAAUCUAUGCGACCGCAAGCGGAUGUAUCUGUCAUCCAAACCUUGGUUACCGACCUUAACCAUGCCUGCUCGCAGGGUAAACCGAACUUUUAGGGACGGACCAUUAGAAAACUUAUGGGGGGGGGGGCGGGCGAAGUACAAAAAAAAUAUUCGCGCAAGGCAAAAUUAGAUGAAAAAAAAUUCGUGCACGCCCAUUAACCCUUAAAAAUAUUCAUGCUACGGCCUAAAAAAAAUUCAUGCAAGGAAUUUGAUAACGAAAAAAAAUUCCUGCGGCUCAAAAAUUCCCCUCCCCCCCCAUAACUUUUCUAAUGGUCCGUCCCUUACCUUAGUUGACUUUCUAUUGUCUUGAGCGAUGUUUACCAGGGUAUCAGUUGGCGUUUACACACGCAAAAUAUUUACCUAGGUAAGUUAACUCCAAUAACUCGGUAGCACGCUCAAGUCUAAACACGGCAUAAGUUUGAACUGGGAUUCAACUGAACAGUACAACAGAUCAGUGGCGGUGGCGGAUCUAGGGGAGGGGCCCGGGCGGUGGGGGGCGGGCCUUCCCCUUGUUUUUAGAGCAAACGGAAGCCCGAAGGACCGAAAAAAUGUUUUUUUGAGACCGGGUAUCCCCCUCAUAUCAGGGUCUGGAUGACUGCCCCCCAUCUGAAUGUCUGCAUCCGCCACUGUAGAUUCUAAGGUCAAGAUAUUUUUAGUAGAUACCUUUGAUGUCUUUGAUAAAUUAUUGCAUUUUAUGGACUAACAAGCGAGUAGAAAUUCUUCUUUGCAUUAUACUUCUAUUUUCAACCAGUAUGAAGUGCUACCUUUUCAACAGUGAUUAAUCUCGUAAGAAGCCGAAUGAAGUCCCAACACUCAGUUGAACAAGUACCCUGGUAAUUAUAUUUGCCCCGACCUUAUUUACGAUGGAAAAUGGCUUUUACCAGGGUGGUUGUAACCGUAACUACCACGUCCAACGGAAAUGUGUUGGUUGAAUUCAACGCGUUUCAACAUUGUACCCGUUAUGUGAUAUCAAAAGUAAAGGUCGGACCAAAAAUUCAUAAUCUUCCGGAAAUUUUGUCGUUUUCUCUCGAAAAGUCCGAAGAUUUUCGUUAAAGCGCACAUUUGUUGGUGGUUUCAUGGUUCAGUCCCAUAAAAAAAGUUUGCUAACUACUAAAGAGUUCUCUCAGAGAGCCACUUUAUACCUUGACUUCAAUUCCAUAGAAGCCUUCAAUACUUGGCGUAAUAGCAUGUUUGAGUGAGUAGACAUAUAGACUGUUCCUGUGUUGUACAUUCUUCAUACAAGUUUCAUAAAGAAUGCAGCCAAUGGAAGUGUCAACAUAAUAAAUGUUAUCUGGCCUCAGUACUAAUGGCCCGUUUUCUAAAAAUGCUUCAUUGCCCUUUCCGUGCAGUUAAAAAAAAGGUAUAUGAAAAAAAAAGAGGUUUUUGGUAAGUGAGGAGAUUGGAAGGGAUAAGUUUGAUACCGUAUCACUCUUCUAUUUGGGUGCAUUGGUCAUAUCGUUUUUUUUACAGCAGAUGAGUCCCCCUUCCUGUAGAUUCCUUGUAAGUUGUUUUUUUUUGUUUUUUUUUUCCUGAAUAACAUUGCCAGUUAUCGCCUAUUGCCAAUAACACUGACAAGUCCUCAUUGUUCCUCGUCAUAACGCCUUUUACAGAAAAAAAAACACAUUUACGUCAUCUGUAAAUAUGGAAGUUGUCAUACCGGACAGGCAGAUAGCAGCGAAAAUCGAAGCAUAGAUACUGAUCUAUCAUUCAUCGGAAAGAUAUACACGAACUGGAAGUCAUUCGCAGUGUAAUUUGUCUGUAUGCCAACAGCUUCUUUGCCAUGGAAAUUACAAUCUUGGUCACUUUUUUCGCUGUAAUACUGACAAUGUCGGAAGGUAUGUGAUUUAUUUCUGUCAAUUAUUUGCUCAUUAAUUUGUAUGCCAACCCAGUGCUUACUUACAAUGAAAUUCGUAGUUACUGUUUACCCUGACCUAAUAGGGUGCGCAUGGCUCAAGAAGAGUAACCUGUGAAUUUGCCAUGUUCACGGGAUUUUGAUUGUCUUUUUUCGUAAAACUUCCCCAUUCCCGUCAAUAAACGUCGCAUCCAUGACUAUUUCCCAGUUACCGAUUUUAUUGCAUGACAUACACUGCUGAUGCCAUAAAUAUCAUCCGAUAGCUGAGUCCAGACUGGCCUUCUAUUAUUUUAUCUUGUGAAUUCUCAGUUCUUGACUUAUCUACAUCCCAGUCUCACAGGUCUCCCUCUUACAGUUUUGCUUUCGUUUCUAAAUUGGUAAGCUAACGUAACGAAGACGAAAAGCCUUACGUCCCAUUUUAAGAUACGAUUUGUCAAGGAACGUUUGGCACCCAAGGUAGAUAAAUAUAAGAGCAUAAAUUUUUUCUGAGUGGAAUAUAUUUUUAGGAUCAGUUCCACUUAAAUUUACCCAAUCUCAUGCACCGUGAUUAAAGUCCUUUGGGAAUUUUUUGAAUUUUGGAAUGUGUUGUUGGUGCAUUGCCACUUGCUGAGGUUAAUAGCAUGUUUUUAUAAGCCAAAAUAGGUAACCAGUGAAAGUUUUUUCUGUCAAUAUAAUUUGAAACUGAUUUAAAAACUUAUAGCAGAAGCAAUAACAGUGUUGUUCACCAAAGUAUAAGAUUCAUAGAUUUGCCACAACAACCUUAGACAACUGCUCCCCAUAGCGUUUUCAACUCGCUCAGAGACCGUCAGACUAUACGGCUACAAUGUAUUGUUUUACCCCUAAAAACAUUUAAAAACUGGCCUUGUAUUCGAUAAGCCUCUUUUGUUGACUGGGCUAACUUAAUUGAGCACUUGUCCCACUUGGUGCACACUCCGUGUGGAAUCAGGAGCUGGUGUCGAGCCAGCAAUAGCAUUUCCGCCGACAAGAUGUUUCCUGUCUUUAUUUUAAACAGUGGCAACACAAUUACGUCGUUAAAAUAAAACAAAUUGACGUGGGUCUGCUGCUGUCGUAUUGGUGACGAAUUUUUUUCCUGUAUCUAUUUUACAUACUAAAAAGACAAUUUCGUCGUUAAAAUAAAACAAAUUGACAUGGAUCCGCUGUCGUAUUGAUGACGAAUAGUUUUUUGGCAACUGUGUCGUGGUUUUGAAGUGGAUUAACUCGAUUAACCUUGCAACAGGUUUUUAUUAUGUUUUGCGAUUUCAUCCUCGUUAAAAUGAAAGACUUAUAAGGUUUAAGAUUGUAAUCCAGAAUCUAAGUUCCACCGACAACAUUAAGUAUUGAAGAAUCGAUACCUAUAUUAAAAGUACAUAUUUGCAAUCCUGGGCCAAGAUUCGUGCUUAGGCUAUAAUUAAAAUCGAUGGAAAAAAAAACUCGGUCUGUAAUUUACAGUUGUACUGACCUCAAACUCGGCUAAUAUUAAUUAGACGCGAAGCUAAAAAAAAGAAACUUUGUGUGCACAUGACCAUGAUCAAGACCACGAGUCCAGCACGAGUAGUUGCUUGUUGUCUCAGAGACAGAAAAUAAGCAUAUGAAACACAUGACGGGGCAUAAUAUCGCGUUCUCGCCUUCCGCAAGGCAACAGUAAAUGUUAUAAUUUUCGCGAUAGCCUGUUUCCAGGGGCACACAACGACGGUUUCCUCCUAAGUACAUUGAAAACAUUUUUUAGGCUAUCCAGAGUACUUUUAGAUCUCUAGAAAUGCAUUCUAAGCGGCACUAUAAAUUUUGUCUCUGUCCGGUCAAACUGUAUAGAAGGACUUGAGUCUUUCCGAAAUUACAAGGGCUUCAGUAUUUAAUUUAUUUUCCCGAAAAUUUAGAUGCAAUUUAACGUUUUACGAAAGUUAGAAGUUUUCGUUUUCCUCUCCCCGUGACAUUUUUGAAUCGAAGAAUUUUAGGUUUCCUUUUUCUACGAAAAUUAGCCUCACAUGGGGAGUAAAAUCAGGGGCACCCAACGAGAAUAUAGUUCAAAACCACUUAAACAUAGCAUUGUUGAACGUAUUUUAGUAUUUAAACGGUAGAUAUAGACAUAUUUUUAUCCCCUAAAAAUUUUCAUCUGUUCGGAUUUCCUAGCUGAAAGUCUAGUGAUGCGAAAAUUAUAGGGAUCAAAACUUACCUUUUCAAAAUUUCAGCCAGAAAAAAGGCUCCCGAAAACUCUAGGUGACCUUUUUAAGGUAAAAAUCCGUUAAGAAUGGGCAAUUAUAUCAUUUUUUAGAUGUUCGAAAAUCCUAGGAGAGGCAGGCAAGAAAUUGUACAUCAAAUGUUCCGAAAAUUCUAGAUCUCAAAUCGUCUUCCGAACAGAUAUUUUCAAAAAAUUAUCGUUGGGUGCCCUUGUUUCCUCGUGACUGUAACUACCGUAAUUGUGUUAAGGGCAGACAGGUAAAAGUCUCUCGCUGCAUCCUUUAUGGCGCUUUCAUUAAGGCCAACGAGCGUGAAUGAUGGUUCAGCCGUGAACAGAGAUAAGUGUGAUCAUAUUGUUGAGAAUUUUCGUGGCUUCAUACCAAGAAGAAGAGAGCGUUAUUUUGGUUUAAUUUGUUGGGAUCCUUCAUUUUCUUUUUUAGGUCCAGCAUUUUUGGUUAAAGAAAAAAGCGCUUAUUGACUCGUAUAAUUCAAAGAUCAGUCUCUGGAUUUGUGAGAUGAGAUAACCGAGCUCCUUCAAUAAUUAUUCUGCUGACAAUUGUAAUAUUUUAAAACUGUCUGCGGUGGAUUGGAAUCCGGAAGUGAAGCAUUGCCUCUUGACGUCGUCAAAAGGUCGUUGGCCCAGGAAACAUUAAACACAUUUAUUCCAGCAAAAAUUGUAUGGUUGGGACGUAUAGGAAACCAGUGACGACAACUCGGCCUUUUUUCCUUUCACUAGAUUACCGGCUAUAUCUUCUAUUUUGAUAUGGCAUUUCUCACGCCAGAUAAAAAACAGGCAAAUCUUAAGGUAAAGUUUCAGCUGGUUUGUUGUGCGAGACAAGUAAUGCUGUGUUUACACUCAAGCGUUUACCAAGGUAAACAUUAACUGACUUAACCCUGGUACAUUUGUACAGUGUUUAUACGGGCUCAAAUAACUAAGGUAAAUCUGUCAUCAAUCACAAUCUAAUCGAAUUGGCGACAAAUUCUAAAUCCACGCAUAAAUAGCCUCCCACGCAGGCGUUUUUAGGGGAGGGAAGAUAUACGAGCCCCCUAAAAACGCCUGCGUGGGAGGCUACGCAUAAAAUGCUCGCGUUUAAAAGAGAACCUGUGGUUCUUGUAGUCCUCGCGUUUUAUGUUCUUGUUCUUGAUCAGCAAACCCAGGAAUCGAGAUUGCAGCAGCUCUUACUUUUGCAGCACCUAAAGAGGUCGAGGCGAAAGCGAUUAAUUCUGCUACAAAUUGCCCUUCGCAAGACAAGGCGCGUUAAACGUGCGUGGUCGUGGCUGAGAAACUAAUUCUGGUUCGAAACUCUAUUAAACGGAAAUUUUGUUGAAGAAUGGUGGAAGGAGAACUUAAGAAUAUCAAGACGUACGUUCGCAAACGUGAUCGAAUGAGACUGACGCAAUCCCGACACCACAGGAUGUGAAAAUCUAUGCGACCGCAAGCGGAUGUAUCUGUCAUCCAAACCUUGGUUACCGACCUUAACCAUGCCUGCUCGCAGGGUAAACCGAACUUUUAGGGACGGACCAUUAGAAAACUUAUGGGGGGGGCGGGCGAAGUACAAAAAAAAUAUUCGCGCAAGGCAAAAUUAGAUGAAAAAAAAUUCGUGCACGCCCAUUAACCCUUAAAAAUAUUCAUGCUACGGCCUAAAAAAAAUUCAUGCAAGGAAUUUGAUAACGAAAAAAAAUUCCUGCGGCUCAAAAAUUCCCCUCCCCCCCCAUAACUUUUCUAAUGGUCCGUCCCUUACCUUAGUUGACUUUCUAUUGUCUUGAGCGAUGUUUACCAGGGUAUCAGUUGGCGUUUACACACGCAAAAUAUUUACCUAGGUAAGUUAACUCCAAUAACUCGGUAGCACGCUCAAGUCUAAACACGGCAUAAGUUUGAACUGGGAUUCAACUGAACAGUACAACAGAUCAGUGGCGGUGGCGGAUCUGGGGAGGGGCCUGGCGGUGGGGGCGGGCCUUCCCCUUGUUUUAGAGCAAACGGAAGCCCGAAGGACCGAAAAAAUGUUUUUUUGAGACCGGGUAUCCCCCUCAUAUCAGGGUCUGGAUGACUGCCCCCCCAUCUGAAUGUCUGCAUCCGCCACUGUAGAUUCUAAGGUCAAGAUAUUUUUAGUAGAUACCUUUGAUGUCUUUGAUAAAUUAUUGCAUUUUAUGGACUAACAAGCGAGUAGAAAUUCUUCUUUGCAUUAUACUUCUAUUUUCAACCAGUAUGAAGUGCUACCUUUUCAACAGUGAUUAAUCUCGUAAGAAGCCGAAUGAAGUCCCAACACUCAGUUGAACAAGUACCCUGGUAAUUAUAUUUGCCCCGACCUUAUUUACGAUGGAAAAUGGCUUUUACCAGGGUGGUUGUAACCGUAACUACCACGUCCAACGGAAAUGUGUUGGUUGAAUUCAACGCGUUUCAACAUUGUACCCGUUAUGUGAUAUCAAAAGUAAAGGUCGGACCAAAAAUUCAUAAUCUUCCGGAAAUUUUGUCGUUUUCUCUCGAAAAGUCCGAAGAUUUUCGUUAAAGCGCACAUUUGUUGGUGGUUUCAUGGUUCAGUCCCAUAAAAAAAGUUUGCUAACUACUAAAGAGUUCUCUCAGAGAGCCACUUUAUACCUUGACUUCAAUUCCAUAGAAGCCUUCAAUACUUGGCGUAAUAGCAUGUUUGAGUGAGUAGACAUAUAGACUGUUCCUGUGUUGUACAUUCUUCAUACAAGUUUCAUAAAGAAUGCAGCCAAUGGAAGUGUCAACAUAAUAAAUGUUAUCUGGCCUCAGUACUAAUGGCCCGUUUUCUAAAAAUGCUUCAUUGCCCUUUCCGUGCAGUUAAAAAAAAGGUAUAUGAAAAAAAAAGAGGUUUUUGGUAAGUGAGGAGAUUGGAAGGGAUAAGUUUGAUACCGUAUCACUCUUCUAUUUGGGUGCAUUGGUCAUAUCGUUUUUUUUACAGCAGAUGAGUCCCCCUUCCUGUAGAUUCCUUGUAAGUUGUUUUUUUUUUCCUGAAUAACAUUGCCAGUUAUCGCCUAUUGCCAAUAACACUGACAAGUCCUCAUUGUUCCUCGUCAUAACGCCUUUUACAGAAAAAAAAACACAUUUACGUCAUCUGUAAAUAUGGAAGUUGUCAUACCGGACAGGCAGAUAGCAGCGAAAAUCGAAGCAUAGAUACUGAUCUAUCAUUCAUCGGAAAGAUAUACACGAACUGGAAGUCAUUCGCAGUGUAAUUUGUCUGUAUGCCAACAGCUUCUUUGCCAUGGAAAUUACAAUCUUGGUCACUUUUUUCGCUGUAAUACUGACAAUGUCGGAAGGUAUGUGAUUUAUUUCUGUCAAUUAUUUGCUCAUUAAUUUGUAUGCCAACCCAGUGCUUACUUACAAUGAAAUUCGUAGUUACUGUUUACCCUGACCUAAUAGGGUGCGCAUGGCUCAAGAAGAGUAACCUGUGAAUUUGCCAUGUUCACGGGAUUUUGAUUGUCUUUUUCGUAAAAACUUCCCCAUUCCCGUCAAUAAACGUCGCAUCCAUGACUAUUUCCCAGUUACCGAUUUUAUUGCAUGACAUACACUGCUGAUGCCAUAAAUAUCAUCCGAUAGCUGAGUCCAGACUGGCCUUCUAUUAUUUUAUCUUGUGAAUUCUCAGUUCUUGACUUAUCUACAUCCCAGUCUCACAGGUCUCCCUCUUACAGUUUUGCUUUCGUUUCUAAAUUGGUAAGCUAACGUAACGAAGACGAAAAGCCUUACGUCCCAUUUUAAGAUACGAUUUGUCAAGGAACGUUUGGCACCCAAGGUAGAUAAAUAUAAGAGCAUAAAUUUUUUCUGAGUGGAAUAUAUUUUUAGGAUCAGUUCCACUUAAAUUUACCCAAUCUCAUGCACCGUGAUUAAAGUCCUUUGGGAAUUUUUUGAAUUUUGGAAUGUGUUGUUGGUGCAUUGCCACUUGCUGAGGUUAAUAGCAUGUUUUUAUAAGCCAAAAUAGGUAACCAGUGAAAGUUUUUUCUGUCAAUAUAAUUUGAAACUGAUUUAAAAACUUAUAGCAGAAGCAAUAACAGUGUUGUUCACCAAAGUAUAAGAUUCAUAGAUUUGCCACAACAACCUUAGACAACUGCUCCCCAUAGCGUUUUCAACUCGCUCAGAGACCGUCAGACUAUACGGCUACAAUGUAUUGUUUUACCCCUAAAAACAUUUAAAAACUGGCCUUGUAUUCGAUAAGCCUCUUUUGUUGACUGGGCUAACUUAAUUGAGCACUUGUCCCACUUGGUGCACACUCCGUGUGGAAUCAGGAGCUGGUGUCGAGCCAGCAAUAGCAUUUCCGCCGACAAGAUGUUUCCUGUCUUUAUUUUAAACAGUGGCAACACAAUUACGUCGUUAAAAUAAAACAAAUUGACGUGGGUCUGCUGCUGUCGUAUUGGUGACGAAUUUUUUUUCCUGUAUCUAUUUUACAUACUAAAAAGACAAUUUCGUCGUUAAAAUAAAACAAAUUGACAUGGAUCCGCUGUCGUAUUGAUGACGAAUAGUUUUUUGGCAACUGUGUCGUGGUUUUGAAGUGGAUUAACUCGAUUAACCUUGCAACAGGUUUUUAUUAUGUUUUGCGAUUUCAUCCUCGUUAAAAUGAAAGACUUAUAAGGUUUAAGAUUGUAAUCCAGAAUCUAAGUUCCACCGACAACAUUAAGUAUUGAAGAAUCGAUACCUAUAUUAAAAGUACAUAUUUGCAAUCCUGGGCCAAGAUUCGUGCUUAGGCUAUAAUUAAAAUCGAUGGGAAAAAAAAACGGUCUGUAAUUUACAGUUGUACUGACCUCAAACUCGGCUAAUAUUAAUUAGACGCGAAGCUAAAAAAAAGAAACUUUGUGUGCACAUGACCAUGAUCAAGACCACGAGUCCAGCACGAGUAGUUGCUUGUUGUCUCAGAGACAGAAAAUAAGCAUAUGAAACACAUGACGGGGCAUAAUAUCGCGUUCUCGCCUUCCGCAAGGCAACAGUAAAUGUUAUAAUUUUCGCGAUAGCCUGUUUCCAGGGGCACACAACGACGGUUUCCUCCUAAGUACAUUGAAAACAUUUUUUAGGCUAUCCAGAGUACUUUUAGAUCUCUAGAAAUGCAUUCUAAGCGGCACUAUAAAUUUUGUCUCUGUCCGGUCAAACUGUAUAGAAGGACUUGAGUCUUUCCGAAAUUACAAGGGCUUCAGUAUUUAAUUUAUUUUCCCGAAAAUUUAGAUGCAAUUUAACGUUUUACGAAAGUUAGAAGUUUUCGUUUUCCUCUCCCCGUGACAUUUUUGAAUCGAAGAAUUUUAGGUUUCCUUUUUCUACGAAAAUUAGCCUCACAUGGGGAGUAAAAUCAGGGGCACCCAACGAGAAUAUAGUUCAAAACCACUUAAACAUAGCAUUGUUGAACGUAUUUUAGUAUUUAAACGGUAGAUAUAGACAUAUUUUUAUCCCCUAAAAAUUUUCAUCUGUUCGGAUUUCCUAGCUGAAAGUCUAGUGAUCCGAAAAUUAUAGGGAUCAAAACUUACCUUUUCGAAAAUCUCAGCCAGAAAAAAGGCUCCCGAAAACUCUAGGUGACCUUUUUAGGGUAAAAAAACGUUAAAAAUGGGCAAUUAUAUCAUUUUUGGGGGGCUCGAAAAUCCUAGGAGAGGCGGGCAAGCAAGAAAUUUAACAACAAAUGUUCCAAAAAUUCUAGAUCUCAAAUCGUCUUCCGAACAGAUAUUUUCCAAAAAUUGUCGUUGGGUGCCCCUGUAAAAUGCGUCGAAAAUUGUUACCUGAAUGGAACGGUCAUCUAGAAAUUUUUAGCCGUCCUCAAGCUAUAUAGAAAAUUCUAGGCAAUAUUAGCUUCCCCCAACAGAUAAUUCAUGAUGAUUUACAGAAAACAGUCGUUGAGUGCCCCUGUGAUUCAUUCUACUAUCGUCUCUCUUUCGUUCGCUUAAGCAGAGUUGGUUGAUUAUUGAAAUAAAUGUUUUUCGUUAGGGAUGUAGAAUUGUUUGUAAGACUUCUUGUGGGCACUAGUGACCUUUAGAUGUUACUAUGAAUUCACCUUUCAAUUCCCAUGCAAGAAAGCGCUUGAUUUCGAUGAACCUGCAGUUACAUAUAACAACAGAUCGCUAGGCCUUCAGAAACACAACAAGGGUGUUAAAAGGACAAUCUGAGAGACGCAUACUUGGUUUGAAAAACCGUUCUCGCUCUCUGAUUUAAAGGUCCCCACAUUUGCUGGGUGCCACUUGGUGCCUGUGACGUGAAACUUCUUCUACAGACUACAGAGACAAUGAAAUGCUGGUUCAAUGGCGCUGUAGGUCUGGGCUCAUAGUAACAGUUUACGUUCAGCUGACCUUCUUUUCUUGCAUUUUAGGUAAAAUGUCAUUCAAGGACCAAUGCAUUUACUGGCACAACUACUUCCGCACUCUCCAUCAGGUAAAUACCUGACUGAAAAGACGGUACCUGCUAAAAACUUUAAAUCAUCAACGAUGAGGCUUCAAGAAUUUAUGGGUAAAUGUUUAUCAGCAUUGCAAAUUCAAAGGAUUUUUUUUCUUGAAGAGACUAUCACAACCUUCUCGAAUUUACGAAUGCAUAUCGUUUACGAAUGCAUAUCCCGGGAGUACUUUGUUUUAAGUAUGCCGAUUUUUAAAUCUUCUCAGAAAACUUUUAGGUUUCAUCUUAUCACGAUUUUCAAGACUACUACACAAUGUACUCUCUAUAACUAGAGAGAUCUCUGAAGAAACAUGUACCCAAAAGUGAGUUAGUCGGCUUAUCGCCAAGAAAACUUAAGUCCUUUUGAACCUUGUUUGAAUGAAUCGGUGAGAGAAACUCUUGAUAAUGUAAGCUUAUAUAGAAAAAAAAAAGAUUUGCCAUGCUAAUAAACCUCUACCCAGAAAUCCAUUAGGCCUUAUCGUUCGAGUUUUGUACUUUUCAAAAGACAGCGUUUUUUCAAUCAGGAGCAUAUACUUUCUCAUUGUUGUACGUUCCAGGUAAUGGUUGCUAACCAUCUUUUCGUUGAAGAAAUCGUAUCUUUUGGAAUGCAGGCGCUCACAGCUCACUAAGCAAACUUUCUGGCUGUAAACUUGAUAAACGUUGCUCGACCGCUUGGAUUUUUUUAUGAAUAAAUCAUUCACAUCAGUAUAAACGCUUUUCUCCAGGUCCCUAAUGUCACGUGGUCAACAAGCCUUCAGAAAGAGGCAGAGGACUGGGUCAAAUAUCUGGCUGAAAACGACAAGUUUGAACAUAGCCAAAAGAAUCCUGGGAAUUUAUAUCUGUCCCAUCCUAACGAUUACCCACCAGAGUAUUGUACUGAUGCUAUACAGUGGUUUCAUGAGGAGGAAAAGUACUAUAAUUACAGUAGACCCGGUUAUGUUCUAAAAGCGGGACAUUUUACAACGGUAUGUCACGAGCAUUAUACAUACCCUUAAGAAGAUAUAUAAAAUGUAGAGAAACACAGGCUCAAUUAGUUUCGCUGCCAUUGUUGUUUUCAUCUUGCCAGGUAGUCUGGAGAAACUCAAGAGAAAUUGGGGCAGCGUGGGCCAUACGUAAAGACAAGAGGCUUGUUAUUUCUAUUAAGUACCACCCUGGAGGCAACUAUGUUGGGUACUUUAAAAAUAAUGUCUUCCGACCCGUCGCGACCGUACUUGGACCUGAAUGGCCAUAUCAUCCGCCCAGGUUUACAAGGUGCCCUGCAAAGUUCGUAAAGCAGACAACAACCGCCGUUCCAAGAACAACGCCGACCUCGGAGCCGAACACGACGCAGAUCACGGUACCAACCACGUCACCAAGUAUGUGCUAUACAUUACAAACCACCAGUGCACCAUUAAGUCAAGAAAAAAUACGGUUAAACGUUAACCGUGGCUCUAGUAGUGACAAAAGAUUUUUUUCUUUCAUUCUGGCGGUUUGCUGUAUGAAGGAGUGUCUCUGACUUCAAGGUCUGUUUUGACAGCUUGCAUAUUGAAGUUGUGAAAGUUCUUUCAAGACCAGGAUCAAGUCAUUUAACCGUAGACCAUGAAAGUUUUCCAAAUGCAUUUGUUUUUUUUUUCGGGGGUUUUGUUUUGACUGUGUAAAUAGGUCCUUGCACGAGCUAAAGUUCAGUGAUGGUGAGAGGUGGUUUAUCAUGAUCAUCUUCAUCAUCAUCAACAUCAUCCCUGCCGCCACCAAAUCAUCGUCAUCACAUCAUUAUGAUCAUUGUUCCGAGUGAACAUGAUUUAAGAGCGGGGGAAAGUACUCAUCGCUGGCAAAGAUCCGCGGCUUGCCCAUUAAGUUAUCAGAUAUUUCAAAAGGCUAGUCUCUCCUCUGUUGGGUUUGUAAUUUUUGAAAGCUAAGAGCGUCCUUUUACUGUGGUGAAGUAUGAGGUUUUGUAAAUAAUGACGUAUCGUUUUUAUUAAUGAAGCACUUUUUUAUUUCACAUUUCCAGGUAAAGUACCAUUUAAAGACCAGUGUCUUUUUUGGCACAAUUAUUUUCGUACCCUUCAUCAGGUAUAAAUUUUUAAUUUCUUCGUUCCACUGCCCUUUUGAACACCUGCCGCAAAUGAUAGGUAAAGAGACGCCAACAGUAUUCCUCCUUAUUUUCUAAACUGCGUACCGAAAAUAACUUAUUUAUGCUCUAAACUCGGUAAUAAUGAAACACACACAAGCAAAUACAAAACACAAUAAUGAAUUUAUUGUAUAGGAGGAAUAGGUCGGCAGUGGUAUAAUACGACCUCCUAACAAACACAACUUACAUGAUACAGAAGUAUAAAUGAUAGGAAAAAUACAAACUGAAUCUAAACUCACUCGUACAAAAAUUGAAUAAAUUAAAUUCCAAUGUGUAAAGGAACAUAAAGACGCGAGUCGACUUUAUCGCGGACGUAGCCGUCUUUAGCUGAAUCUGACUUCCACCUUCCGUAAACUUUGAAAAGCCGAUCUGGAACACUCUGAUUAGCAGCGGAAGUAUCUCCUCCGGACCUAAAGCUGUGAUUACUAAACUUAGAAGGGUCUAAUCCAAUAGCUUUCAACUUCUCCUUAAGAAUUUCUCCCGCCCUGCCAGCAGUGAGAGGCUUUGAAGAGAAGAAAUUGCCCUUCAAAUUCUUGUCGUACCGUAAGGAUCUGAAAAAUAAUGAAAUUCUGAGAAAAACAAGGAAUCCUGGCAGCUUCUAAGUACUUAAUAAGGUAUGUAUAAGGGCAAGUAAAAUUGCCAGUCUUGGCAAUAUAAACCCAGGAACCCUCUCUGUACUUGUCAGUCUUGCUAACUUCUAUGAAAAUCUUAUGAUAAAGACCUUCAGUUACAAUAUUAGAUCUACUAAUGCUUAAAAGCUCGGAAAUGCGGAAAAAGCCAGCAUAUGCGAGUAAACACAUACAGACAAACCUGAUAUCAAGUAAGUUACUACUUUCCCCAUAAUGCUGCAAAAUUAAGCCAAGGAUCUCUGGGGUAAUGGGCUCCGCCUUCGUGACAGGUUUACGAGGAGCACGACUGGAAGCCUCAACAAUAGACCUGACAAGAAAGUUGUCACACGGAUUUGGAUUCUCAAAAACUGAUAACUUAUGUACCCAGUUAAUAGCGUAAAAAACGCCGUAAGUGGUGGAACUACUUAACGAAUUUUCUAAUAAAUGAUGCAAAUACAAGGAAACUGUGAAAGAAGUAGCUGGGAGAAAAGAAACCUCCCCAGUGCUAUGCAAGCACCACGCUUUAAACUUACAAAAUGAUUUACAAUAAUUAAUAACUGUGUUAUCAGCUCGGGAAUUAAAGGCAGAGAGCCAAAACUUCUCACAUAGUAAAACACCAAACGUCCGACUGGCAGCUGCUUUAACAUCUGAAGCAAAAAAUAGAGAAAAUAAAAUGACAAAAAUGACCAAAGAAAAAAUAUAUCAGAAAAAUACAACACGUAGUGAAACAAGGUAAGGUUCGGUCCAAGUGGUCCCAAGAAAAACACAGAAAAAUAUUACCACUAAGGGCCAAAGUGGCCCCUACGUAAUAAAAAAGACCAAGUGGUCCACAAAACAAGGAUCCAAGUGCAUCCCAAAAUACUUGGAUACCAUGUGGUAUGAGUGUAAGAACUCUAUAAACUGCAGAGAAACCCCCUACAAAUCUGAAAAAAAAAAAGGGGGGGUAACUAAGGCCUCUCUAGGAAAACCGCAUGAACAAAAGACCUGAACGCAAAUUAGGUGAUCCAAAAAGGGAAUUUUAUAAUUACCCAAAACGAAAACAUCAGUACCUAAGGGGAUCUCGAAAAUAUCAGAGAAUAUGGGAGACAAACCCUCGUUGGUAAAAAUUAAAGGCCAAAAUGGGACGGAUUAGGCCAAGCAGGAACAACAAGUGUAGCGCGACCGCCAAGGGCAACCAUGUGAUUAAGGACCUUGGGGAUGAGAAAAAUAGGUGGAACGAGCCAAUUAUUCUCGCCCGCCCUAGAAACAGAAAAGGCAUCAACCGCCUCUGUACCAGGGCACCAAAACCUGCUAUUAAACGGGGCAACUGAGUAUUCUCAUGAUUCGCAAACCGGUCCACAGAGUGAGGACCCCAUUUCUCUUCGGCCAAAAGGAAAUAGUCCCUGUUGACCCGCCAAUCAUCAUAAUCCACAAUUCUGCUCAAAAAAUCGGCUCUAUCAUUAGCCGAUCUCGGAAUCCAUUCAACUUCCAAUGUGAUGCAACUGAGCAAGCACAUACUGAAAAUACGUAAAGCUAGGCAUUGCAAAUCUUCCUUCAUGCUUCCUACUUCAACAAAUCUAGCAACACUCUGAUAAUCAGUAUACCACUUAACAGUGUGCCCUUUAAGUAAAGACAAAAAAGAUUCUAGACCCAGGCAAACAGCCUUAAGUUCCCUGUAAGAGGAGCUCUUCUGCGCCUCAUCAACACCCCACAACUUGUGAGAUAUGGUGUUGUGAAGAUCUAACAUAUAAUUGGCACAGCCUGUAGGACUCGCAUCGGAAUAACACACACGGGAAUAACGGAACUGUGUAGACAAGAGGCGCCUACUGUUUAGGAAAGGAAUGUUCUCUUUCCAAAAACGUAAUUCAUUCAGAGUUGAAACCGACAGGGAAAUUUUUUCCCGUCCCAUGUAGGGCUUCUAAAAAUAUCAAAAUGAGAAUACCUUGUCAUAAUACGAGUAAUGUUACCAAAGACGAAACCCAUUGAGAUAAUCUUACCGACAAACUGAGCCAAUUUUCUAGCAGUACUAAAAGGAUACAGAGAACGAAUUGAAUCAAUAACCUGUACGACACUGAGAAUCCUAACUGAAGGAAUGAAAAUAGUAUGAACGGCUAACAACCCAAGAAAACCCUAAAAAAGUUGAUGUUACUGCAAAAUAUCAAUAUGGUGGUAGCCAGAUUGAGAUCAAAUUUACACAUGAAAUGAUCAGAAGGAAGAUAAACACAAGCGUUUCUAAUAUCCUCAAACUUAAACUUUUCUUUUCAUAUAUGUUUAUUGACAUGCCUGAGGUCUAAAAACAACCUCUUCUUGCCGCAACUCUGUAUGGAAACAGACAAGGGAUUGACAACAUGAGGAGGACUAGAUACUUGAACAACUGAACCUGACAAAAUAAGCUCUUGGAUAGCCUUCAGAACAAAAUCAGCGUGCAUAAGUGCUGAAUGAUUAUUGUCAAAAAACGCAUUCUGAGGAAAUGUAAUAAAGGGUAUGGCAUACCCCUUGUCAAUAACCUGGAGAAUGAAAUCAUUUGCACCUUACGCGUUCGCCCAAAAACUAAAAUGAGCUUUAAGCCUACCCUUAACCGAUAGAAUACUAUUGGGAGAAUUCUCAAAUUCAAAACACACCUCUAAAGCUGGACCUUCGUCAAAAAUACCUUCAAGAGUUUCUUUUACUGCUUUACUAUCAGCAAUGGAACUACUGCUGCCCAGAAGAACCGCUGUCUUUACUUGACAAACUUUGGAUCUGUUUGUAGGUUGAUCCGGCAGUGAAGAAUAAGUUGGGGCAACUUGCUCUCAAAUGGCCGGUCUUGCCGCAGGCGAAGCAGAUGUCAUAACGGCCUUUAACAAAGGCGCCCUUUGACAUUUGAGGACGAAAAUUAGUAAAAUUUCUUGGAGUGAUAGAGGAGACAGCCGAUGAAAACCCCGAGGAAGUCUCUGGACGCUGAAUGACCUGUAAAGAAAAAAGGAAGAAAGAGGAAACUAAGUGACGGUCGAUUAUAGCCACUGAAAUGACCUAAAGUGAGAGCACAACACGUGGUGAACCUAUUUAAACACAACCCAACAAUAAGAGUGAUGAACACGCCUGAAUGCGGUACGCAUUACGUAACCUCCAUUCGCACGCAUAAUUCCCAACGCACCGAGCAUAAAUACAUUUAUUUUCUAAACUGCGUACCGAAAAUAACUUAUUUAUGCUCUAAACUCGGUAAUAAUGAAACACACACAAGCAAAUACAAAACACAAUAAUGAAUUUAUUGUAUAGGAGGAAUAGGUCGGCAGUGGUAUAAUACGACCUCCUAAACGCUAAAGAAAAUAAAGAACGGGCAAAGCAAACGAAUAAAAGUAACAGAUAAAAUACUCAGCUUCUGUCCCGACUUCGCACAGCGAGCGUUCUUC